GUGCGGUGCGGUUCUCUCUUAGUCUCAAGUCCCAGUCUCAGUGUUAGUCUCCAUCUCAGUCUCAGCUUAGCCAACUCUCAACUCAAUAGCUGAACAGUGAGCUGAACUGCCAGCAACUGGCAGCUACAUAUUUGAAAACAAAUUUAAUAUUUGAUUUUCUUCAAAACCAACAGUGAAAGUGCCGUACAACAAAUUGUUUUCAAAUUUUACAAGUGAAAAUUUUUAAAGAAAAACGCACCCAAAACGCAACGCGUCGUGAAAAUCAGCUAAAAGCCAAAGUGUUUCAAGAAAAGCGUCAGAAAUUUGUUAAAUUUAACAAAUACCAAGUGUCUGUGCACAGCUCAGUGUGUGUGUGUCUGUUUGUGACUGAGUGUGUGUAUCAGCGGCUCUUGCUGUGUGUGUGUGAGUGUAUUUAAGCGCUUUUGGCAGCUGAAGAUCUAAAUUUUUGCUGGCGUCGUUUUUCGUUGGCAGCUGUUGGCAGUAUGAACUGAUUUUUAACGAAAUUUUAUAAAGAAAAUGCAAAAAUGAAAAUAUUUUUGCCACUAGUCACGUGGAUAGUGCUACUACUCUCGAGUACAGUACAUUCACAACACCAACAACUACAACCCUUUAAGACAAAUCCAAACAAGCAUAGUCGAUUUCGAGGCGAAGUAUUCUUUCUGAAUCUCGAAGAUGGCUAUUUUGGCUGCCAAGUUAAUGAGUCUACGGACUAUUUGCAACUAUACGAUCUAUCGAAAAUCUGCGACGGCAAUCAAGAUUGUUUUCUUGGUUCCGAUGAGCUGAGUAAAGAGCUCAAAUGCACAAAUGACUGUGAUAAGGAUGGCACACAGUGCACAAAUGGUGUUUGCCUCAAUGGUGUUUGCCAUUGCAAUGACGGCUUUGGCGGCUGCAAUUGCGUCGAUCAAGAUGAGAACGAAUGCAAGCAGCGUCCAUGCGAUGUCUUUGCCCAUUGCACAAACACAUUGGGCAGCUUUACGUGUACCUGCUUUCCGGGCUAUCGCGGCAAUGGUUUCCAAUGUGAAGACAUUGACGAAUGCCAAGAUCCAACGAUAGCAUCGCGUUGCGUGGAGAAUGCCGAGUGCUGUAAUCUGCCUGCGCAUUUCCUGUGCAAAUGCAAGGACGGCUACACAGGCGAUGGCGAAGUGCUGUGCACGGACAUUGACGAGUGCAGUAAUCCAUUGGCCUGUGGCGUCCAUGCACAGUGCAUCAAUACGCCCGGAAAUUAUACGUGCGCGUGUCCGGAGGGCUUUGUGGGCAAUCCCUACGACGGUUGCCAGGAUGUCGAUGAGUGCGCAUACCCAAAUGUCUGCGGACCGGGUGCCAUAUGUACGAAUCUCGAGGGCAGUCAUCGCUGCGACUGCCCGCCGGGAUACGAUGGCGAUGGUCGCUCCGAACAGGGUUGUGUUGAUCACGAUGAAUGCGCCCGCACGCCAUGUGGACGCAAUGCCGAUUGCUUAAAUACAGACGGCAGUUUCCGCUGCCUUUGUCCCGAUGGUUUCAACGGGGAUCCCAUGAACGGAUGCGACGAUGUCGAUGAAUGCGCCAUUAACAAUCCAUGCGGUUUGGGUGCUCAAUGCGUGAACUUGGGCGGUAGCUUUCAAUGUCGUUGUCCCUUGGGCUUUGUGCUUGAACACGAUCCAAAUGCCGAGUUGCCCAGCACAACACCCACACUACAACUGGGCUAUGCCGAUGGCGACACUUUGAUCACACCGGCGGCAACAUCCGGUGCCGGUUUGGCCUGUCUGGACAUCGAUGAGUGCAACCAGCCGGAUGGUGUUGCCAAAUGUGGCACAAAUGCCAAAUGCAUCAAUUUUCCGGGGUCAUAUCGUUGCCUCUGUCCAAGUGGAUUCCAAGGACAGGGCUAUUUGCACUGCGAGAACAUCAAUGAAUGCCAGGAUAAUCCGUGUGGCGACAAUGCCAUUUGCACAGACACGAUCGGAAGUUUUGUUUGCACGUGCAAACCGGAUUAUACGGGAGAUCCCUUUAGGGGCUGUGUUGACAUCAACGAGUGUGCAGCGUUGGAAAAACCAUGUGGAGAACAUGCGAUCUGUGAGAAUACUGUACCGGGAUACGAGUGCAAAUGUCCACAAGGAUAUGAUGGAAAGCCCGAUCCCAAGGAUGGAUGUGUGCCCACGGAUGUGAAUAUCUUGUGCAGCAGCAACUUUGACUGCACCAACAAUGCCGAGUGCAUUGAAAAUCAUUGCUUCUGCCUGGACGGAUUCGAACCCAUCGGUUCCAGCUGCGUAGACAUCGAUGAGUGUAGAACGCAUGCCGAGGCGUGUGGACCUCAUGCUCAGUGUCUGAAUACUCCGGGUUCCUAUCGCUGUGAUUGCGAGGCUGGUUAUGUGGGAAGUCCACCAAGAGUGGCGUGCAAGCAGCCCUGCGAGGAUGUAAGAUGUGGCGCUCAUGCCUAUUGCAAGCCGGAUCAGAAUGAGGCGUACUGCGUGUGCGAAGAGGGUUGGACCUAUAAUCCUAGUGAUGUUUCUGCUGGUUGCAUUGACAUCGAUGAGUGUGACCCGCUCCAUGGACCCUUUGGAAGUUGUGGCCAUAAUGCCACUUGCAGCAAUACUCCAGGUGGUUACAGCUGCGCCUGUCCACCUGGUUUCUCUGGAGAUCCUCACACAAAGUGCCUCGAUGUGGAUGAAUGUCGUGCGGGUGGCAAAUGCGGCUCGGGCGCCGAUUGCAUCAAUUUACCUGGAGGCGGUUACAGCUGCCGUUGCCCAGAGGGAACCCUCGCUGAUCCAGAUCCUUCGGUGCGCUGUGUGCCCAUUGUCAAUUGCGCCACGAGUGAACAGUGUCCUGGCAAUGCCAUUUGCGAUAACACCAACCGUUGUCUGUGCCCGGAACCGAAUAUUGGCAACGACUGUCGACAUCCCUGCGAGACGCAGGAUUGUGGUGCCCAUGCCCAGUGCAUGCUUGCUAAUGGACAAGCUCAAUGUCUCUGCGCGCCAGGAUAUACAGGAAAUGCAGCUCUUCCUGGAGGCUGCAGUGAUAUCGAUGAAUGCAGAGCCAAUCCGUGUGCGGAGAAUGCCAUUUGCAGCAACACAGCUGGCGGAUAUCUUUGUCAGUGUCCAGGUGGCUCUGCAGGCGAUGCCUAUCGGGAGGGUUGUGCCUCCGGCAAGACCAUCGGUUGCUCCGAUGCGAAUCCUUGCGCUCUAGGUGAAAGUUGUGUACUGGACUCCUUCACCGGCAGCAGCGUCUGCAUUUGUCGCCAAGGUUAUGAAAGGAAUCCCGAGAGUGGUCAGUGCCAUGAUGUGGAUGAGUGCGCAGCACAGCGUGGCAAGCCAGCUUGCGGAUUGAAUGCUCUUUGCAAGAAUCUGCCCGGCAGCUACGAAUGUCGUUGUCCCCAGGGACACACUGGAAAUCCGUUCGUCAUGUGUGAAACCUGCAGCAGUCCCGAGUGCCAAUGUCAGGCACCAUACAAGCUAUUGGGUAAUAGCUGCGUCUUGGCGGGCUGCUCCACUGGGCAACCCUGUCCGAGCGGUGCCGAGUGCAUCUCCAUUGCUGGUGGAGUCAGCUACUGUGCCUGCCCCAAGGGCUAUCAGACCCAAGCCGACGGUAGCUGUAUCGAUGUCAACGAAUGUGAGGAGCGUGGAGCUCAGCUCUGCGCCUACGGAGCUCAGUGCGUCAAUCAGUUGGGUGGCUACAGUUGCCACUGCCCUGAUGGCUACCAGGGAGACGCCUACAAUGGACUAUGUGCGCCUGCGCAGCGCAAGUGUGCCGCAGACAAGGAAUGCGCCAGCAAUGAGAAAUGCAUCCAGCCAGGAGAGUGCGUCUGCCCGCCUCCCUACUUCCUGGAUCCUCAGGAUAACAACAAAUGCAAGAGUCCCUGUGAGAGAUUCCCCUGCGGUAUUAAUGCUAAGUGCACACCCUCCGAUCCACCACAGUGCAUGUGCGAGGCAGGCUUUAAGGGAGAUCCCCUGCUCGGCUGCACAGAUGAGGAUGAGUGUGCUCAUCUGCCCUGCGCCUACGGUGCCUACUGUGUCAAUAAGAAAGGAGGUUAUCAGUGCGUCUGCCCGAAAGGAUACGGGGAUCCCUACAAGAGCGGCUGCAUUCUGGAAAAUGGCGUGCCGAAGAGCAGCUGCCUCAGCAACGAGGAUUGCGCCAGCAAUCUGGCCUGUCUCGACGGCAGCUGCCUCAGUCCCUGCGCUAGUCUGCUCUGUGGAGCCAAUGCUUACUGCGAGACGGACCAGCAUGCGGGCUGGUGUCGUUGUCGCGUGGGAUUCGUUAAGAAUGCGGAUGGAGACUGUGUGUCGCAGUGCCAGGAUAUUAUCUGUGGCGAGGGCGCCUUGUGUAUCCCAACCAGCGAGGGACCUACCUGCAAGUGUCCCCAGGGUUACCUGGGAAAUCCGUUCCCCGGUGGCAGCUGCAGCACGGAUCAAUGUACCGCAUCCCGCCCCUGCGAUGAGCGACAGAUCUGUAUCAAUGGACGCUGCAAGGAACGCUGUGAGGGUGUCGUUUGUGGCAUCGGUGCCACCUGCGACAAGAACAACGGCAAAUGCGUCUGCGAACCAAACUUUGUGGGUAACCCCGAUCUACUCUGCAUGCCGCCAAUCGAGAUGGCCAAGUGCUCGCCCCACUGUGGCGAGAACGCUCAUUGUGAAUACGGACUGGGACAGAGCCGAUGUGCCUGUAAUCCGGGCACCUUUGGUAAUCCCUACGAGGGCUGCGGUGCCCAGAAUAAGAAUGUGUGCCAACCGAACAGCUGUGGACCUAAUGCCGAGUGUCGUGCUGCAGGCAAUCAAAUUACCUGCAUUUGUCCUCAAGGAUUCAGCGGAAAUCCCUAUGUUGGCUGCCAGGAUGUGGAUGAGUGCGCCAACAAGCCGUGUGGUUUGAAUGCCGCCUGUCUUAACACCGCCGGCAGCUUUGAGUGUCUUUGUCUAUCUGGACAUGCUGGAAAUCCGUACAGCAGCUGUCAACCCAUCGAGAGCAAGUUCUGCCAGGAUGCGAACCAAUGUCAGUGCAGUGAGCGUGUCGAGUGUCCCGAUGGAUACAGCUGCCAGGCUGGACACUGCAAGAAUCUCUGCUCGAAGACGGCCUGUGGACCGCGUGCCAUUUGUGAUGCAGGAAAAUGUCUUUGCCCCUUGGGCUACGUCGGAGAUCCGCAUGAUCUCAGCCAGGGUUGCAGCAUAAGAGGACAGUGUGGCAACGAUGCCGAUUGUCGACACACUGAAAUCUGUUUCCAACUGGGCAAAGGUCUGCGCAAGUGCGUCGAUGCCUGCUCCAAGAUCCAGUGUGGACCCAACGCUCUUUGCGUGGCCGACGAUCAUCGUUCCUCGUGCAUCUGCUCAGAUGGAUACUUUGGUAAUCCGAGCAAUUUACAGGUGGGUUGCCAGCCAGAACGUAAUGUGCCGGAUAUGGAGGAUAAGUGCAAGACGGAUAAGGAUUGCGAGCGAGGAUUUGGCUGUCAAACGGGAGGUUUGGGCACACGAGAGUGCAUCAAUCUCUGCUCGAAUGUUGUUUGCGGUCCCAACGAGCUGUGCAAGAUCAAUUCGGCCGGUCAUGCGAUUUGCAACUGUGCCGACAGCUUUGUCUGGAAUCCCGUUGUCUCCUCCUGUGAGAAACCCUCACUCCCCGACUGCACCAGCGAUGACAAUUGUCCCGAUGCCUCUGCCUGUCGUCCAGAUGUCCUUGGUGUACUCAAGUGCGUGGCAAUCUGUGACGCCUUCACCUGUCCCGCCAACUCGAUAUGUGUCGCCAGGCAUCAUCAAGGACGCUGUGAUUGUCUCAAUGGUUUCGUGGGUAAUCCCAAUGAUCGCAAUGGUUGUCAGCCAGAGCAUAAACAUCAAUGCCGCAGCAAUGCUGAGUGCUCAGAGUCAGAAGCCUGCAUUAAGGAUGAGUCUACGCAAUCGUUAAGUUGCCGUCUCGCCUGCGACAGUGUCAAGUGUGGACCUCGGGCUGUCUGCAUCACGAAUAACCAUCAAGCGCAAUGCCAAUGUCCGCCUGGACCCUAUGCAGGAGAUCCCUAUGAUCCUUUCAAUGGUUGCCAGAGCGUGCCCUGUGUUUACAACCACGACUGUCCACCAAGUCAGAUGUGUAACAGGAUGACUCACACCUGCUAUGAUGUGUGUGAUGAGGAGUCUUGUGGGGAAAACGCCAUUUGCCUGGCCGAGGAUCAUCGCGCUGUGUGUCAAUGUCCUCCCGGCUAUCGGGGUAAUCCUCUGCCCGAAGUUGCCUGCGUCAAGCAGAGCGGCUGUGCCCCUGGAAGCUGCCACCCAACGGCCAUUUGCGAAGUUACCCCCGAUGGUGCUAGCUGCAAGUGUCCGCCUCUCUUUGUAGGCGAGCCUCAACCCAAUACUAAGGGCUGUCGUCCCGAUGGUCAGUGUCCAAAUGGAGAUGCCGACUGUCCGGCGAAUACAAUUUGUGCCGGAGGACGUUGCCUUAAUCCCUGUGAUAAUGCUUGUGGAUCUAAUGCCGACUGCAAGGUUGUCAAUCGUAAACCUGUUUGCAGCUGCCCACUGCGCUUCCAACCCAUCUCGGAGUCGGCGAAGAAUGGAUGUGCCCGUAGUGCUUCCAAGUGCCUCACGGAUGUGGAUUGCGGCGGAGAGCUGUGCUACAACGGUCAGUGCCGUGUGGCAUGCCGCAAUACACAAGAUUGUUCAGACGGAGAGCGUUGUGUCGGUAAUGUUUGCGUCGUUUCCUGUCUGGACCACAGCCAAUGUGCCAGCGGAUUGGCCUGCUUGGAAGGCAACUGUGCCAUCGGCUGUCGCAGCAACAAGGAGUGCAAGCAGGAGCAGUCCUGUAUCGGAAACAAGUGUAUCGAUCCUUGUAAAUCGAGCACCAGCUGUGGUCCUAAUGCGCUCUGCAGCAUUGCCCAGCAUCGCAGUCAAUGCAGCUGUCCCGAAGGCUUCGAGGGUAACCCUACACCCGAACAGGGCUGCGUACGUGUACCCGCGCCCUGCCUCGCCAGUAACCAAUGUCCAAGUGGACACAUGUGCAUUGGAAAUCAGUGUAAUCUACCGUGUACCAAGACCUCAGCCUGCGCCAUCGGAGAACGUUGUUAUCAGCAGGUCUGUCGCAAGGUCUGUUACACCAGCAACAACUGUCUCGCCGGAGAAAUUUGCAACAGCGAUCGAACCUGCCAACCCGGCUGUGAAUCCGAUGCUGACUGUCCCCCAACGGAGCUCUGCCUAACAGGCAAAUGUAAGUGCGCUAGUGGAUUUAUUGGUACCCCGUUCGGUUGCUCGGACAUCGACGAGUGCACGGAGCAACCAUGCCAUGCCAGCGCCAGGUGCGAGAACGUACCUGGCUCCUAUCGCUGCCUGUGUCCCGAGGGAACUGUCGGAGAUGGUUACACGCAACAAGGUUGCAUGCAACCCCGACAAUGCCACAAGCAUGACGAUUGCGCCAAUAGUUUGUCGUGUAUACAUGGCAAGUGCACGGAUCCUUGUCUGCACACGGUCUGCGGUGCGAAUGCUCAUUGCCAAGCGGAAGGACAUCAAUCGACUUGCAACUGUCCAGCUGGAUAUCUAGGAGAUCCCAACGAUACGGGAGUUGGUUGCUUCAAGGUAGAGUGCAUUGAUCAUGUGGACUGUGCCAGCGAUCGUGCCUGCGAUGCAGAGACGAAUCGUUGCAUUAAACCUUGUGACCUGACUAGCUGUGGUAAAGGCAGUUGUCAGGUGAUGGAUCACCAGGCCAUCUGUGAAUGCUACGAGGGUUACCAGCUGAUCAACGGCGUCUGUGAGGACAUCAACGAGUGCCUGACUCAACCCUGCCACAGCACCGCCUUCUGCGACAAUCUUCCGGGCAGCUUUCAUUGCAAGUGCCCCGAAGGACUUAUUGGAGAUCCCCUCCAAGCCGGCUGUCGCGAUCCCAGCGAGUGUCUCAGUGAUGCCGAUUGUCCUGCCUCUGCCAGUUGUCAGAAUUCCCGAUGCCGAAGUCCCUGCGAACGUCAAGGCGCCUGCGGUCUUAAUGCCAAUUGCCAGGCUCAAUCUCACAAAGCCAUCUGCAAUUGUGCAGGCAAUUCCCGAGGAGAUCCCCAGGUGGAGUGCGUGCACAUCGAGUGCGCCGACAAUGAAGACUGUGGCGCUGAGAAGGCCUGUCUGGAUGCCAAGUGCAUUGAUCCCUGCUCCCUGCCGAAUGCAUGCGGUGCCCUCGCACGUUGUUCCGUCCAAAAUCACAUUGGAGUCUGUGCCUGCGAGUCGGGCAGCACUGGAGAUGCCAAACAGGGAUGUGUACCACUGCAGUAUUGUCAACAGGACACACAGUGUCCUCAGGGCAGCAUAUGUGCUCAUGGAAUCUGUAAUGCGCUUUGCAGCAGCAAUCGUGAUUGUAUUUCGGAGCAACUCUGCCUGCAGGGCGUCUGUCAAAGCACCUGCAAGUCGAACUCUACCUGCCCACAAUUCCAGUUCUGUCAGAACAAUAUCUGCGCCAAGGAGGUGGAGUGCAGCAUCAACAGCGACUGCGGAGAGGAUGAGACUUGUCUCCUCGAUGCUUAUGGACGUGCUCGCUGUGAGUCUGUCUGUCUCGGACGUGCCGCCUGUGGCAGAAAUGCGGAAUGCGUGGCACGUUCCCAUGCACCCGACUGCAUCUGCAAGGAGGGCUUCUUUGGAGAUGCUCGCUCCGGAUGUAGGAAAAUCGAGUGCAGCAGCGACGAGGACUGUUCCAAUGACAAGAGUUGUGACAAUCACAUGUGUAAGAUCGCCUGUCUCAUCGGGCAACCUUGCGGAGAGAAUGCUCUUUGCACCACAGAGAAUCAUCGUCAGGUUUGCCAUUGUCAGCCUGGUUUUAGUGGCGAUCCUCGCGUGCGUUGCGACGUCAUCGACUUUUGCAAGGAUGCACCGUGCGGACCCGGUGCCCGGUGUCGCAACUCUCGCGGUUCCUACAAAUGCACCUGUCCUCCUGCUCUCGUCGGAGAUCCGUAUAACGAGGGCUGUCGCAGCUCCGUUGAGUGCGAGACUCAUGACGAUUGUCCCCCGCAUGCUGCAUGCACCAAGACUAACGGUGUGCCCAAAUGCCAGGAUGUCUGCGCCCAUCUACAAUGUGGCCCCAAUGCGGAAUGUGUUCCGAAGGGUCAUGUCGCUCACUGUGCAUGCCGCAAUGGCUACGACGGUCAACCCGCUGACCGGGUCGCCGGCUGUAAGUCAUUGCCUGUGCCUUGUCAAAUCACUAGCGAUUGUCCCACCAACACUUAUUGCUCCAAUAGUGUCUGUAAACCUGCCUGCCUGCUGGACACAGAGUGUGGUACCUCGGAGGUCUGCCAGGGCGGACAGUGCUUCAAUCCUUGCCAGCAGCCACAGGCUUGUGGCCAAAAUGCCGAAUGUCUUAUGUUUAGCCAUGUAAAACAGUGCCAUUGUCCGGAAGGUUUCACUGGCGAUGCCGCCAAGGAAUGUGUUCGUGUGCCCGUUGCCUGUGAUGGCGAAUGCUCGCCGGGUUACAGCUGCCGGGACUCCAUGUGCCUUCCAGUCUGUCACAACGAUCUGGAGUGCGCCUCCAAUGAGAAGUGUCUGCGUGGCAACUGCAUGCUGACCUGCCGUGUGGACAACGAUUGCUUCCUAGGCCAUGUUUGCUUACACAACAAGUGUGUCUUUGGCUGCCACGUUGAUGACGAUUGCAGUGCUUCGGAAUCCUGUCGCAACGACAAGUGCGUUAAUCCUUGUUCGGAGAAUCCCUGUGGCCCCAACGCAGCCUGCUCGGUGUCGAAUCAUCGCGCCAGCUGCAGCUGCCUGGACAACAUGGUGCCCAAUCCGACACCCCAAGUGGGCUGUGUGCGUUCACCACCCCUUGACUGCCAUGAGAAUCGCGACUGUAGCAAUGGCCUGGCCUGCUUUGAGUCCGUCUGUCGCCCACUUUGUGCGGAUGAUGCCGGUUGCUUGACCAACGAGCGUUGCCAGCAGGGCGUCUGUAAGCCCUUGUGUCGCCAUGACAAUGAGUGUGCCCAUGGAGAACUCUGUCUGGGACUCAACUGUGUCACGGGCUGUCGCUCUGACCAGGGCUGUCCUGCCCAUUUGACUUGCGUGGGUCAGCAGUGUGUGGAUCCUUGCGCGGAUCCCACGGCAUGUGGCACUAAUGCCAUCUGCCAGACCAUCGAUCAUCACAAGCAAUGCAGCUGUCCCGAGGGACUUACCGGAAAUGCCAAUGCGGCUUGUAAGACGCCACGUACCGCUUGUGGACGCAACGAGGACUGCGGCUCGAAUCAAUUGUGCUACGCGGGAAGCUGUCAAGGAAAGUGCCGUAAUGAUCAGAAUUGUCUCUCGGAUGAACGUUGCAUGCGUGGCACUUGCCGCACAGUUUGCAACACGGACAGCGCCUGUGCCGAAGGACAGAUCUGUGAGAAUCGCGUAUGUCAGACAGGCUGCCGCAACGAUCUCAGUUGCGCCAGCGAUGAGGCUUGUGUCAACAAGAAAUGCCAGAAUCCCUGCCAGGCUCCAGGACAGUGCGGACAAUGCGCUGACUGUCUGGUCAUCAAUCACGGCGUGCAAUGUCAGUGUCCCGCCUCCUUUAUUGGUGACGGACUCACUGGAUGUCAUCUGCCUCCAGAGCGUUGUCAUCCUGGUUGUGAAUGCGAUGAAAGCGGCGCCUAUUGCGCCUCCAAGUGUUCCCGCUCCGAGGACUGUGCCUGUGGACAACAGUGUGCACGUGGCAAGUGCCGCAACAAGUGUGGUCCCAAGCGACAAUGCCCCCUGGGGCAACUUUGAAGAGGCUCCUGCAUUGCCGGUUGCAAGUCAAAUGGAGACUGUGCCGCGGAUCAGAGCUGCGUCACUGGCAAAUGUGCAGAUCCCUGUGCCGAUGAUAGAGCCUGUGGACGCAAUGCUCUCUGCACCGUCUCGGAACAUCGCAUGCUGUGCUACUGCCCCGAUGGAUACGAAGGCGAGCCCAGCAAGGAGUGUGUUCAGUUCGAGUGCCGUGAGGAUAACGACUGCGAGUCCAGCAAACGCUGUGAUCAAGGCAAAUGUCGCAAUCCCUGUUUGGAGUUUGGAGCCUGUGGCUCCAAUGCCCAAUGCCGUGUGGUUAAUCGCAAGGCUCAAUGUUCCUGCCCGCCCGACUUCUUUGGCAAUCCCGCCACCGAAUGUCAGCCUCUGGUUGGUGGAUGUUCCACAAAUCCCUGCGGCGUAUUUUCCAAGUGCAUUGAACUGCCUGGUGGAUAUGAAUGCGCCUGUAUGGAUGGCUGCUUUGGAGAUGCUCACAAGGGUUGCAUCUGCGGUGAUCAACAUGUCAAUUCCUGCCGUGAUCAACCCUGCGGCCUUAAUGCCGCCUGUAAGGUGCUCGACAACAAUCAAGCCGAAUGUUACUGCCCGGAGAACUUCCCCCACGGAGAUGCCUAUGUGCAAUGUUAUUUGACAGCACCAAAAGAGGACUGCCGUACCCAGGGCUGUGAUGCGGGUGCAUGUGUGCGCCAGGGCUACGAUUAUGUCUGCCAACAGGACACCGAACAAUGCUACUCAGAUACGGAUUGUCCCAGUGAAAAAUCAUGCCUGCAAGGACACUGCACCGAUCCUUGUACAAUGCGAGGCGCGUGUGGCACGAAUGCUUUAUGCCAAACAGUCCUGCAUCGUCCCCGUUGCUCCUGCCCCAGCUGUCACAUUGGUCGGCCCGAGGUCGAGUGUAAGCUGGAUAGCAAAUGUGUGCCCGAUGACACAGAUCCCAAGACAAAAGAUCAGAUAACAUGCACAAGCGAUGCCGACUGCCCCGAGACGUUGCAGUGCGGCCAGUAUGGUCAAUGCACAGAUCCUUGCAACAAUCCCCUUUUCAUCUGUGAGAGUAACAAAAAGUGCGAAACACGACGCCAUCAACCUGUCUGCAUUUGCAAAUCCGGGUUCAUUGUGAAUGAAUACGGCGAAUUGACCUGUGCGCCGGAUAAGCGCGAAUGCUAUCGUGAUGAUGACUGUGCCUCAAAUAUGGCCUGCACGGAUGGCAAGUGUCGUAACCCGUGUAUUGUCCCUCUGGGACGUUCCCCAAUCUGUGCCAAGAACAAAUCGUGCGAGGUGCAGGAUCACAAGCCCGUUUGCAUUUGUAUGCGCGAUUGUCAGCCAUCGAUAUCGAUAUGUUUACGCGACGCUGGCUGCCCAUCGGGUUUGGCCUGUCGUAAUUAUCAGUGCGUCGAUCCAUGCAAAUUUGCCACAUGCGCCUCCAACUCGCCAUGCAUUGUCGAGGAUCACAAGCCGAUAUGUAAAUUCUGCCCAACUGGAUUUAUAGCCGAUGCCAAAUAUGGAUGUCAAAAAGAAAUCGGCUGUGCCUCGAGCGAUGAAUGCCCCUCCCAGCAGGCUUGCAUUAAUGCCCUCUGCGUGGAUCCCUGCGCGUAUGCGAAUCCCUGCAGUCGCAGUGAGGAUUGUCGCGUUGUUGGCCAUUCCCCAAGCUGUUCUCAAGUAUGUGAAUGUCAACGCAAUUCAGACUGUCGCAACGGUGUCAAAUGUGAUGGCUGUUAUUGUGAUAAUACAGGUCGUACUCCUGGUUGUGAUCACUGUGCACCAGGUGCCAAAUGUGACCCAACAACUGGCGCUUGUAUUAAAGCUAAUGUAACAAUAACAACUAGUACUACCAAGCAAACCACAGUAAAACCAACAACAGCAACAAAACCUACAAGAAGAAUCACAACAUCAUCAACAACUACAACAACAACAACUAGCACAACCACUACUAGCACAGAAACAAGCACAAUCAACACUUCCGCUACUAACCCCACAACCACCAGCACCACAAUCAUUGAGACAACAACCAUUAAGUCGGGACACACGAAAGGCUAUCGCGAUGGUAUAAAUAAUAUAACCGAUACGCCAACACCACGGCCAAUGGUCACAACAACCACACUCUCCAGCAAAGAUGAUGGUGUCAGGAGUACCACAACGCCAAAGAUGAAAACCACACGUCUUGAUACCUCAAAUGAGUUCCCAGAGACAACAACAAUGAGCAGCACAACAACUUGGCCAACAGAAUUACCCACGAGACCGGGCACAACAACGGAUAUGGAUGGUUUAUUCACGAUCCAAACGACAACCGCCCGCACCAUGACCACCUUUGCACCACCGGCUAAUACAACAGACACCACAAUUAUUAACCCAUGUACAUUAGAUACUAACUGUGCUCCUAACGAGCACUGUAAGCUGGGGCGUUGCCAAAAGAAAGAACCAUCGGGCACACCCAAAAACCCAGAGCCGUGUCAAUCGAAUAACGAUUGCAUCGAGACCGAGGCUUGCUACAUGGGUCUGUGUCAUGAUCCCUGCGAAUUUGCCAAAAUCUGUGCACCAAGUGCCAAGUGUACGGCGAAAAGUCAUCGUCCCAUCUGCAGUUGUCCUCAGGGACAUGAGGGCAAUCCAAUGGUCAAGUGUGUGUCCACAGAUAAGUCAAUUGAAUGCACAGACAACUCCGAUUGUGGCGUUACCGAAGCCUGUCUCAAUGACCGUUGUGUGCAUCCUUGCGAUGUUCAUGAUCCUUGUGCCCAGAAUGCGGUUUGUAUUAAUUCUAACCACGCAGCCGAUUGCAGCUGCGCGGAUGGUUAUCAAGGCAAUGGAUUUGUCGGCUGUCAGCCAGCACGCACUCAUGUCUGCCAAUACAACGAGGAUUGUCCACCGAACAAACUCUGCGAUCGUCUCAAUCGUCGCUGCAUCAAUCCUUGCCAAGAGGAUUCCUGUGGCGAGAAUGCUGAGUGUGUACCAGUAAAUCAUGGCAUCGAUUGUCGCUGUCUGUCCGGUUACCAGGGCAAUGCUUAUGUGCUGUGUCAGCAAUCCUUGGGUUGUCGCUCCAAUUCGGAGUGUGAUGCCAGUCAGGCGUGUCUCAACGGCAAAUGCUCCUCACCGUGUCAAUGUGGCGCCUUCGCGCUAUGCGAUGUAAUCAACCAUCGGGGCAUCUGCAAGUGUCCGCCUGGUUACAAUGGCAACCCUGAAGUGGGCUGCAGUCCACCACAGAAUCCAUGCGAUCCCAAUCCAUGUGGGCUAAAUGCUCAGUGUGAACUGGACAAUGGCAAUCCCAUCUGCUUCUGUCCCAAGGGACUCACGGGCAAUCCCUUCAAGAAUUGCAUUCCUGAGGGCGAUGAAUGCACACCAAAUCCUUGUGGCCCCAACUCUGGGUGUCGUCGUGUGGACGGUGCUCCUGUUUGCUUCUGCUUGCCAGAAUACGAAGGUCAACCGCCAUUGAUUGCCUGUGAGCUGCCCUCGAAUCCCUGCGAUCCCUCACCAUGUGGACCAAACACCCAAUGUUCCGUGCUAAGCAAUGGUUUCUCCAAGUGCACUUGCCUGCCCGGUUAUGUAGAGAGUCCCAACACCAUUCGCGGUUGCGUGGAGCCCAUUAAUCCCUGCGAGCCCAAUCCUUGUGGAACUGGCGCCAUCUGCGACUCAUCACGGCAACCUGUCUGCUACUGUCCGGACAACAAGGUCGGAAAUCCCUUUAGAAUAUGCGAGAAGCCAACUGAAACCGUUGAACUGUGUCGCCCCGGACCCUGUGGGCGCAAUGCCGACUGUUAUGUGGCCGAGAAUCGCGAGGAAUGUUACUGUCGCUCUGGAUAUGUAGGAGAUGCCUAUCAAGGCUGUCGUGAACCAAGCCGUACCGUCUGCGAUCCCAACCCGUGUGGUCCCAAUGCCAACUGUGUCAUUGCCGGCGAUGGUCAGACAGCUUGCGUCUGUCCCGAAGGUCUGUCCGGAGAUCCAACAUCGAUCACUGGUUGCCAUGGCUACGAAUGUCAAGUGGAUGCAGAUUGUCCACAGAGCAAGGCUUGCAUGGGAUUCCGUUGCUACGACCCUUGCCCUGGAGCUUGCGGUCAUGGGGCCAAUUGUCGCGUGGAGCAACAUCAUCCGGUGUGCUCCUGCAAUGCAGGAUUAACUGGCAAUCCUGGCGUUCGCUGCUUUGCCCUGGAUCAACCCAAGGGUAAUCCUUGUGUGCCCAGUCCAUGUGGAUUGAAUAGCGAAUGUAAAUUGCUUAACAAUCGUGCUGUUUGCUCCUGUCUGCCUGGAUACCUUGGUGAUCCACAGUCCGGUUGCCAGCCAGAAUGCGAUAUUAACUCGGACUGCAGUGAAUCUUUGUCCUGCAUCAAUCACAAGUGCGUUGAUCCAUGUUCCGGCACCAUCUGCGGCAUCAAUGCCAUCUGUAAUGUGAGACAGCAUACUCCAGUUUGUCAUUGUCUUGAUGGAUUCGCUGGAGACGCCUUCCUGCAGUGUGUGUCCAUUGGCAUUCUGAAGAAUAUAUCACGGGAUCCUUGUGUUCCAUCUCCUUGUGGACCAAAUGAUGUGUGUUCCGUUUUUGGAGACGGUGUUGCCUUGUGUGAUCCCUGCUUUGGACCUAAUGCCCAACAGAAUCCACGUUGCCGACCAGAGUGUAUUGCCAACUCGGACUGUCCCUUCGAUCGAGCUUGUUUAGGACAACGUUGUCUGGAUCCUUGCCCCGGCUCCUGCGGACGAAAUGCCAUCUGCCGCGUCUACGAGCACAAUCCAGUUUGUGCCUGUCCCUCUGGACUCUAUGGAAAUCCCUAUGAACAAUGCGCGACACCAUCGCCCAUCGUGCCAACCCCUUCGGCUAACUGUGCCAAGCUGCAGUGCGGACCCAAUGCGGACUGUAAGCGUCACAGUGGAGGAUUGGCCUGCGUCUGUCGCAAGGGUUACUUUGGUAAUCCCUACCUUGGCUGCCGUCCCGAGUGCGUUCUCAACAGUGACUGUAAUGCGGAUAAAUCCUGCGUGAGCUCCAAGUGCGUGGAUGUCUGCGUUGGCGUCUGUGGUAUCAAUGCCCUCUGCCGUGUGGUAAAUCAUGCCCCAGUUUGUGUUUGUGCCGAGGGAUACAGUGGUGACGCCUUCCUGGCCUGCAAUCCUUAUUAUUUGCCGCCUACUACACCACCUAACGAUCAUAGAAAUCCCUGCGAACCGUCUCCUUGUGGUCCAAACUCACGUUGUCUGGCUUCUGCUGAUGGUUAUGCCGCCUGCUCUUGUCUGCCUAACUUCAAGGGUGCACCACCCGUCUGCCAACCCGAGUGCGUAGUCAGCUCCGAGUGCCCUCCCAGUCAAGCCUGUAUCAAUCAACGCUGUGCGGAUCCUUGUCCCGGUACUUGUGGUAUCGGUGCCCGUUGCGAGGUACUUAAUCACAAUCCCAUCUGCUCUUGCGAGGCAAAUCACGACGGAGAUCCAUUUGUGGCCUGCUCCCCCAUUCCCGAUCAGCCUUCUGAAGGCAAGACACCCGGAAAUCCUUGCAAUCCAUCGCCUUGUGGACCCAACUCGAUUUGCCAGAUCAAGCAAAACCGACCUGUCUGCUCUUGUGUUGCGAACUAUAUUGGCAGUCCUCCCUACUGCCGUCCCGAGUGUACGCUGAGCAGCGAGUGUCCUGCCGACAAGGCCUGCAUCCAGGAGAAGUGCCAAAACCCUUGUGCCAAUGCUUGUGGACACAAUGCCCGCUGCACGGUGGUUGCCCACUCUGCACACUGUAGUUGCGAUCAGGGCUAUGAGGGAGAUGCCUUUGUGGGCUGCUCUCGGGUCAUCGACACGAAACCACAUGAUCAUCAUAAUCCUUGUUAUCCGAAUCCCUGUGCGGAGAAUGCGGUCUGCACUCCGCACAAUGAUGCCGCUCGUUGCAGUUGCAUUGAGCCGUAUUUCGGUGAUCCCUACAGCACCGGUUGCCGUCCAGAAUGUAUCUACAACUCGGAGUGUCCCUCGUCCUUGGCCUGCAUAAAGCAGCAUUGCCGCAAUCCUUGCACCGGAGCCUGUGGUCCUAACGCCGAGUGUGCAGUGGUCAAUCAUGUGCCCGCCUGCAGUUGCACUCGUGGCUUUGAGGGCGAUCCCUUCGUGGGGUGCAAAAGUACUCCAAUUGGACCCAUCAGCGUAUGUGAACCUAAUCCCUGUGGACCCAAUAGCAUCUGCCGUACUGUGGAAGGACAUCCCACAUGUAGUUGCAAGGGUGGCUACUUUGGAGCUCCUCCCACAUGCCGUCCCGAGUGUGUGGUCAGCUCGGAGUGCGCUCAACAUUUGGCUUGCAUCAACCAAAAGUGCGCUGAUCCUUGCAGUGGCACGUGUGGCUUCAAUGCCAAGUGCCAGGUAAGCAACCACAAUCCAAUCUGUACCUGCCCCAAGGAAUACGUCGGAGAUCCAUUCGAACAAUGUAUACCCAAACCACACGAACCACGUCCUGCAGUCAAUCCAUGUCUGCCUAAUCCUUGUGGACCGAAUGCCAAGUGCCAGGACGUGAAUAACCGCGCUGAAUGCUCUUGCUUGCCUGGAAUGUUUGGUGCUCCACCAAGUUGUCGACCCGAGUGCGUUAUAAAUCAGGAUUGUCCCUCGAAUCGUGCCUGCAUACGUCAGCGUUGCGAAGAUCCUUGUGUCGGUACUUGCGGCUUCAAUGCCCUAUGCACCACACAGAAUCAUCAGCCCAAGUGCAGUUGUCUCGAGAGCUACCAGGGUGAUCCCUACACGGGUUGCAAUAUGAUUGAAAUUGUAGUGGCCGAUUUGCCCUCUGAUCCCUGCUAUCCAUCGCCAUGUGGUGCCAAUGCCAUUUGUCGCGAGCACAACGGUGCUGGCUCAUGCAGCUGCAUUCAGAAUUACUUUGGAGAUCCUUACAUUAAUUGUCGACCCGAAUGCGUACAAAACAGCGAUUGUCCCGGCACUAAGGCCUGCAUCAACAUGAAGUGCCGCGAUCCCUGUGCCAACGCUUGUGGCUUCAAUGCCAUCUGUCGAGUGGCCCAUCAUCAGCCCGUUUGUAGUUGUGAGCCAGGCUUCACUGGGAAUCCCCUGCGCGCCUGCGUGGAGAGACCCACAAAUAUGUAUCUUCCACUGCCUAAAGACCCAUGCAGACCCUCUCCUUGUGGCCUCUUUAGCACUUGCCACGUUGUCGGUGAUCGUCCCGUCUGUGCUUGCUUGCCAGAUUACAUGGGUAGUCCUCCCAGUUGCAAGCCCGAGUGCGUGAUAAGUGCUGAGUGUCCCUCGGACAGGGCCUGCAUCAAUCAGAGGUGCCGUGAUCCCUGUCCUGGCACCUGUGGCUACAAUGCUCGUUGUCGCACCACCAACCAUUCACCCAUCUGUAGCUGCUACGAUGGUUACACUGGAGAUCCUUUCCAUCAGUGUGUGCCCGAGAGAAAGCCCACGCCCUUACCCGAUCCCAUACGACCGAUUAAUCCCUGCGUGCCCUCGCCCUGUGGACCCAACUCGCAGUGUCAGGUCUCAAGCCAAGGCGCCGUCUGUGCCUGCAUCAACAACUACAUAGGACGUCCGCCUGCCUGUCGUCCCGAGUGCAGCAUCAACUCGGAGUGUCCUGCCCGCAUGGCUUGUAUGAAUACCCGCUGUGCCGAUCCCUGCAUUGGCUCCUGCGGCAACAACGCCAUCUGUCAUGUCAGCUCGCACUCACCGGUGUGCAUGUGCCAGCCUGGCCACACAGGCGAUCCCUUUACCGGCUGCUAUAAAAUCCUUGAGACACCUAUUGAGACAAUACAACCCUGUCAUCCCAGCCCCUGUGGCCUGAACGCGCUCUGCGAGGAACGCAAUCGCGCCGCCGCUUGCAGAUGUGUGCCAGAGUACUACGGAGAUCCAUAUGUGGAAUGCCGACCAGAGUGUGUUAUCAACACUGACUGCCCCAAAUCUCGCGCUUGUGUCAACCAAAAGUGUGUCGACCCUUGUCCGGGAAUGUGCGGUCAUAGCGCCCAGUGUGCCGUCAUUAAUCACGCGCCCAACUGCGAAUGCCUGUCGGGCUACACGGGAAACCCCAUCGUUGGUUGUCAUCUUAUACCUGAAACUCCGCGCUAUCCUGAUCCUAUUGUGCCCGAAAAUCCGUGCCAACCCUCACCGUGCGGCCUGUACAGCAAUUGUCGGGCACUGAACGGCCAUGCCGUAUGCUCCUGUGUGUCCAAUUAUGUGGGUGCCCCACCCAAUUGCCGACCCGAAUGCAUGAGCAGUUCCGAGUGCAGCCAGGAUAAGGCGUGCAUCAACGAACGCUGUAAAGAUCCCUGCCCCGGCACCUGUGGCAACAAUGCCCUCUGCCGUGUCGUUAAUCACAAUCCCAUCUGCUCUUGUAGUCCUGGCUACACUGGUGAUCCCUUCGUACGCUGUUUAAUCCAAGAGAAACCUCGACCAGUUGUAAGUGAUCGCGUUGAUCCAUGUGUGCCUUCGCCAUGUGGUCCCAACUCCCAGUGUCGGGUGUCGGCGGCUAAUGAGCAACCCGUGUGCUCAUGCUUGCAACAUUAUGUGGGUAGGGCGCCAAAUUGCCGACCGGAGUGCACCUCAAAUUCCGAGUGUGCGGGCAACAUGGCGUGCAUUAAUUUGCGCUGUCAGGAUCCCUGUGUGGGAACCUGCGGCAUUCAGACCACAUGCCUUGUAAAUAAUCAUAGACCCAUUUGCCGUUGCCUCGAUGGUUAUGCCGGUGAUCCAUUCUCAGAGUGUAGUCCACAAAUAAUUGUGCCGCCUGAAAUCGCCGAGCCAUGCAACCCGAGUCCCUGUGGCGCCAAUGCUCUCUGUAAGGAACGCAACGGCGUCGGUUCCUGUACCUGUCUGCCCGAGUACAGCGGGGAUCCCUACACGGAGUGCCGUCCGGAGUGUGUACUCAACAGCGACUGUUCGAAGAAUCGUGCCUGCCUCAACAACAAGUGCCGUGACCCCUGUCCAGGAGUCUGCGGCGUCGCUGCCGAAUGUCAUGUGAUCAAUCACGCACCCAGCUGUAGUUGCCCCUCCGGUUUUACGGGCAACCCAUCACAAUAUUGCCGCAAAAUUUCGCAAUUGGCGCCACCUGUACAACCUUGUCAACCAUCGCCUUGUGGUCCGUAUAGCCAGUGCCGUGAGGUGAAUGGUCAUGCGGUUUGCUCGUGCGUUGCCAACUAUGUUGGUGCCCCACCCGCCUGUCGUCCCGAGUGCUCGGUUAGUUCCGAAUGCGCUCAGGACAAGGCUUGUGUGAAUUUGCGCUGUGUGAACCCAUGUCCUGGAACCUGCGGCAACGAGGCCGUCUGCAAGGUGACCAAUCACAAUCCAAUCUGUUCCUGCCCUGCCGGAUACAGUGGCGAUCCUUUUGUACGCUGUGCACCCUGGCAACAAGAGCUCGAUAUAUCAAGAGCCAAUGAAAAUCCUUGUGUGCCCAGUCCCUGCGGUCCCAACUCCCAGUGUCGCGUUAUUGGCGAAACGGGCGUCUGCUCCUGUCUGCCGAACUACAUUGGGCGUGCUCCGAAUUGCCGUCCCGAGUGCACACAAAACUCCGAGUGUCCGGCUAACCUGGCCUGUAUUAAUGAGCGUUGCAAGGAUCCCUGUCCCGGCUCUUGCGGCUUCAAUGCCUACUGCAAUGUGGUGAAUCAUUCACCUGUAUGCAAUUGCGAGAGCGGCUACUCAGGCGAUCCAUUUGCCGGCUGCAAUCCGCAACCAAUUGUCACUCAAGAUGAGCGCUUGACUCCCUGCUCACCGUCACCCUGCGGUCCAAAUGCCGAGUGCCGGGAACGCAAUGGCGCCGGCUCUUGCACCUGUCUGCCAGAAUACUUCGGUGAUCCGUAUAGCGGCUGUCGUCCGGAGUGCGUGGUCAACAGUGACUGUGCACGCGACAGAUCCUGCAUCAACCAGAAAUGCGUGGAUCCAUGUCCGGGUGUUUGUGGCUUGAAUGCAGAAUGCCGCGUGUCCAAUCACUUGCCCAGCUGUCACUGUCUCGUCGGUUACACUGGAAACCCAUCGAGUGCCUGCCGUGAAAUACCCCAACUUCCCGCGCCACCUGUGCGUGAUGAGAAUCCUUGCGUGCCUUCACCCUGCGGUCCUUACAGUCAGUGCCGUGAGAUUAACAACCAUGCCGUCUGCUCCUGUCAACCCUCUUUCAUUGGCUCCGCUCCAAACUGUCGGCCCGAGUGCGUUGUUAGCUCUGAUUGUGCACAAGACCUUAACUGUCAGAAUCAAAAGUGCGUGGAUCCGUGUCCAGGCACUUGCGGCAUUGAGGCGCGUUGCCAGGUCAUUAACCAUUAUCCUGCAUGUUCCUGUGCCCCUGGCUAUACCGGAGAUCCCUUCAAUCGAUGCACGCGUAUCAAAUUGGAUGUUACGAAACCCAAAGAUACCGGUAAUCCCUGCCACCCCUCACCCUGCGGACCCAACUCCAAAUGCGUCGACAUACGCGGUUCACCUGCAUGCUCCUGCCUGCCCGACUAUCUCGGACGGCCACCCAACUGUCGACCCGAAUGCACGACUAGUCCCGACUGCCCGGCCAACCUGGCGUGUGUUAACCAGCGUUGUGCCAAUCCCUGUAUUGGUGCUUGCGGUCUACACUCCCAGUGUACGGUCAUCAAGCAUAAUCCGAACUGCCAGUGCGAGCCUGGUUAUACCGGAGAUCCCUUUUCCGCCGGCUGUGCCAUUAUACAACAAAUUACCCCAACGGAAGCGCCACGCAAUCCCUGCAAUCCCAGCCCUUGUGGAGCAAAUGCCAUUUGCCGGGAACGUAACGGCGCUGGAUCUUGUGCCUGUCAGCCCGAAUACUUUGGUGAUCCGUACAGCGGCUGUCGUCCGGAGUGCGUACAGAAUGCUGACUGUGAUCGAUCUCGUGCUUGCAUCAACAACAAAUGCCAGGAUCCUUGCCCUGGUGCCUGUGGCAUCAAUGCCGAGUGUCGCGUUCUGAAUCACGCUCCCAACUGCAUGUGCUUCGAUGGCUAUUCAGGAGACCCGCAUCGCUCGUGUGCCCUUGUUGAGGUGGCUACCCGUCGACCGGAAAAUCCCUGUCAGCCAUCUCCAUGUGGACCCAACAGCCAGUGUCAUGAUCAGAACAGCCAUGCGGUUUGUAGCUGCCUAGAGGGUUACUUCGGUGCCCCGCCAAGCUGCAAGCCCGAGUGUGUAGUCAGCUCUGAGUGUGCACAGAAUCGUGCCUGCAUCAAUCAGAAGUGUGCCGAUCCGUGUCGCGGGGCAUGUGGUAACAAUGCCAAGUGCCAGGUGGUUAAUCACAAUCCCAUCUGCAGCUGUGUGUCCGGUAUGACCGGCGAUCCAAUCUCAGGUUGUGUUAAGGAUGUUGCAAAAUCCACGGAGAAUCCAUGCGUUCCAUCGCCUUGUGGACCGAACUCCAUUUGCCGUGAGAUCGGUGAGCAGGCUGCUUGCUCCUGCCAGGAAAACUACAUUGGACGUCCACCCAACUGUCGACCAGAGUGCACCAACAACGACGAGUGCCAGAAUCAUCUGUCCUGUCAGCAGGAACGCUGCGUUGAUCCCUGUCCCGGCUCAUGUGGUAGCAACGCCAUCUGCCAAGUGGUACAACACAAUGCAGUCUGUUCUUGCGCCGAUGGGUACGAGGGAGAUCCACUCUUUGGCUGCCAACUUAUGGCUCCAGUUCUGCCCACACAACCACCUACAUCACCAUGCGAGCCCUCCCCUUGCGGUCCCCAUGCCGAGUGCCGGGAACGAAACGGAGCCGGCGCCUGUUACUGUCACGAAGGCUUCGAGGGUAAUCCCUACGAUGCCCAAAGGGGCUGUCGUCGCGAAUGCGAGACCAAUGAUGAGUGUAGUCCAGCUCAGGCUUGUGGGCACUUCAAGUGCAUCGAUCCUUGUGCAAAUAUGUGCGGAGAGUUUGCUAUCUGUACGGUGGAUAACCAUGUGCCCAACUGUAACUGCCCGACAGGUUACAGUGGAGAUCCUUUCUUCAGCUGCCGUCCAAUACCUAACACGCCAGCUCCACCUGUGAACCCCUGUGUGCCAUCCCCCUGCGGACCCAACAGCAAUUGUCGCCGCAUCAACAACCAGGCUGUCUGCUCCUGCCAAUCCGGCUAUGUCAAUCAGCCGCCUAACUGCCGUCCUGAGUGCGUGGUCAGCGCUGAGUGCUCUACAGAUCGCGCCUGUGUCAACAACAAGUGCCUCGAUCCCUGUCUUCAUACAUGUGGAGUGCGCGCCAUCUGCACCACCAAAAACCACAGUCCUAUUUGCACAUGCCCGCGCGGCAUGACCGGUGAUCCCUUCGUGCAGUGCAGCAGGAUCCCGAUUACGCAUGAUGCAACCACACCCGAACCACCCGUACCCUCGUGCGUGCCCUCGCCUUGUGGUCCCAAUGCCAAGUGUCAAAUCGUUGGUGGUAGUCCGGCCUGUUCGUGCCUACCGGACUUCAUUGGCGCCCCACCGAACUGUCGUCCUCAGUGCGUAUUGACCUCGGAGUGUGGAUCCACCGAGGCGUGCAUUAAUCAGAAGUGUCGCGAUCCUUGUCCCGGCUCCUGCGGCUUUGAGGCCAAGUGUCAUGUGCUUAACCAUCUGCCCAUUUGCAACUGCAUCGAAGGCUUUACUGGUGAUCCAUUCAUCCGUUGCAGCAAGCUUCCAGAGGUGAAAGUGGUCACUGAUCGACCCGGUGAUCCAUGUAGUCCCGAUCCUUGCGGACCAAAUGCUGAUUGUUUCAGUGGCGAGUGCCGUUGUCAAAGCAACUAUCAAGGAAAUCCGUAUGAGGGAUGUCGUCCCGAGUGCACACAAUCUGCCGACUGUUCGAGGGAUAAGGCUUGUAUGCGAAAUAGAUGUGUUGACCCCUGUCCAGGCACCUGUGGCAACAAUGCCAUCUGUGAGGUACUCAACCACAUUCCCGUCUGCUCCUGCCAACUGGGAUACGAGGGAGAUCCCUUCACCAACUGUCGUCCCAAAGUAAUCGAGCCCGAGCCCGAGGUCAAGGCCUGCGUGCCCUCACCAUGUGGAGCAAACAGUCAGUGUCGUGAUAUCAAUGGUCACGCUGUAUGCUCCUGCAUCGAGGGUUACAUUGGCGCCCCGCCCCAAUGUCGACCCGAAUGCGUCGUUUCCAGCGAGUGUUCCGCAUUGCAGGCUUGUGUAAACAGGAAAUGCGUUGAUCCUUGUGCAGGUGCUUGCGGUAUCGAGGCACGUUGUGAGGUCAUCAAUCAUAGUCCCAUCUGUGGUUGUCCACCAGGCACAACCGGUGAUCCAUUCAAGAGCUGCUUUGAAAUCAUGAGGUCCAAUGAAAACGAUCAGGUGACGCCGCAAAGUGAUCCAUGUGUGCCAACGCCGUGUGGACCCAACUCCAUCUGUAAGGCGGAUAGCAAGGGUCCAGUCUGUCAGUGUCUGCCCGAGUUCUUUGGAGCGCCUCCCAAUUGUCGUGUUGAGUGUAUCAUCAAUCCCGAUUGCCCAUCCACGCAGGCAUGCAUCAACAACAAGUGUAGCGAUCCCUGCCCCGGCUCCUGUGGCACGAACUCCGAGUGUCGCGUCAUUGCACACUCCGUUUCCUGCUCUUGCCCGCCGGGAUAUGCUGGUAACGCUUUCGUCCAAUGCGUACAACAGAUUGCGGAACAACCAAAGCCUUGCGAGCCAUCGCCAUGUGGUGCCAAUGCUGAGUGCAUUGAACGUAACGGAGCCGCCGCCUGUAAAUGUGUCGAUGAGUACCAGGGCAAUCCCUACGAGGGCUGCCGUCCCGAGUGCGUACUCAGCUCGGAUUGUUCCGCGGACAAGGCAUGCAUACGCAACAAGUGCCAGGAUCCCUGUCCAGGCAUUUGUGGCUCCAAUGCCCAGUGCUAUGCCAUCAACCAUGUGCCAAACUGCGUCUGCAAUGACGGUUACACUGGAGAUCCGUUCUCCAACUGUCGUCGCUUUGAGCCGCCAACACCAGGACCCAUUGCUGAUCCCUGCAGUCCAUCGCCUUGUGGCGCGAACAGCAAGUGUCGAGCUUCGAAUGGACUCGCUGUCUGCUCGUGCCUGGAAACGUUCAUCGGAGCGCCGCCAAACUGUAAACCGGAGUGUACAGUUAAUGCCGAGUGUCCUCAAAACAGGGCGUGCCACAAGUUCCGUUGUGCAAAUCCUUGCGCCGGCAUCUGUGGCUCGAAUGCCAAGUGUGAGGUAAUUAACCACAAUCCAAUCUGCAGCUGUCCACUAGAGAUGACAGGCGAUCCAUUCGCCAGAUGUUAUCCAGCGCCAGUAAUCCCUGCUGAGAGAGAUACCGUCAAGGAUAAGAAUCCCUGCCAACCAUCGCCUUGCGGUCUCUACGCGGAAUGCCGUGUACGUGGAGACCAGGCCUCCUGUUCCUGUCUGGCGAACUACAUUGGAGCACCACCCAACUGUCGACCCGAGUGCGUUGUGAACACCGAUUGUGCCUCGGACCGUGCAUGUAUUGCAGAAAAGUGUCGCGAUCCCUGUGACGGUUCCUGCGGCAUCAACUCCGAAUGUCGCAUACAGAAUCAUUUGGCAAUUUGCACGUGCCGCGACAGCUUCACUGGCGAUCCGUUUGUCCAGUGCGCCGAGAUCAUCGAAGAGCGAACACCAGCACCGCCUGUUGUCUCUGUGGAUCCCUGCGAUCUGCAACCGUGUGGCGCCAAUGCCGAGUGCCACAAUGGCAUCUGCAGCUGUCUCCCCGACUAUCACGGUGAUCCCUACACUGGCUGUCGUCCCGAGUGUACAUUGAGCACCGAUUGCUCCCCCAACAAGGCCUGCUUGAACAAGAAGUGCGUCGAUCCUUGCCCAGGCACCUGUGGCCAGAACUCUCAGUGCGAUGUCUCCAAUCACAUACCGAUCUGCAGUUGCCUACAAGGCUAUACAGGAGAUCCGUUUGUCCAUUGCCGUCAAGAGACGCCUGUAGCCAAGGACCCAUGCCAGCCAAAUCCCUGCGGACCCAAUAGCUUAUGCCAUGUGUCUGCGCAGGGUGCAGUCUGUGCCUGUCAACCUGGUAUGCUGGGCUCCCCGCCCGCCUGUAAGCCCGAAUGUAUUGUCAGCUCCGAAUGCUCCCUGCAAACGGCCUGUAUCCAGAAGAAGUGUGUCGAUCCCUGUCCAGGUGCCUGCGGACAAUUCGCACGCUGCCAGGUGAUCAAUCAUAAUCCUUCCUGUUCAUGCAACACGGGUUACACGGGAGAUCCGUUCACACGCUGUUAUCAAGAGGAACGUAAGCCAACGCCGACUGUGCCAGAGAAUCCUUGCGUGCCUUCGCCUUGUGGACCCAAUUCGGAGUGCAAGGAGCUCAACGGUAACCCAGCCUGCUCCUGUGCUGCCACUUUCAUUGGCACCCCACCCAACUGCCGACCCGAGUGUACUAUCAAUCCGGAAUGUGCCCCCACCAAGGCGUGCAUACGCCAGAAGUGCGCAAAUCCUUGUGUCGGUGCCUGCGGCUUCAAUGCCCGAUGCAAUGUCGCCAAUCAUCAACCCAUCUGCACCUGCGAUGUGGGCUACACAGGAGAUCCAUUCACCGGCUGUCAACGUGAACAAGAAAGGAUCGUUAAUGAUCAAAUCACACCCUGUGAACCAAAUCCCUGUGGAUCAAAUGCUGUUUGCCGCGAACGGAAUGGUAUCGGCGCCUGCCAAUGUCUCCCGGACUACUUUGGAGAUCCAUAUCAAUCCUGCCGUCCCGAAUGCGUACGCAACUCCGACUGUCCGACGAACAAGGCGUGUCAGCAGCAAAAAUGUCGCGAUCCCUGCCCCGGUACCUGUGGCACCAAUGCCGAUUGCCGGGUAACCAAUCAUCUACCCACUUGCAACUGUCGCACGGGCUACACUGGCGAUCCCUAUCGCUAUUGCCACGUGGAACCAGCUCAACCUAUACGUCAAGCCGAACCCACACAGCCGUGUCGCCCCUCACCGUGCGGUCCUAACUCGCAGUGUCGUGAGCUCAAUGGUCAAGCAGUCUGCUCCUGCCUCGAGCUGUACAUCGGUCUGCCCCCCAACUGUCGACCAGAGUGCGUCCUUAGCACCGAGUGUCCAACCGAACAGGCGUGCAUUAGCCAACGUUGCCAGGAUCCUUGUCCCGGCACCUGUGGCAUCAAUGCCGAAUGCCGUGUUCGCAACCACAGUCCCCUCUGUCAGUGUCGUCGCGGUUUUACCGGCGAUGCUUUCACCCGUUGCUAUGUCCUACCACCACCCGCACCAUCCAUCGAGCAGGUUCAUCGUGAUCCUUGCGUGCCGACGCCAUGUGGCUUGAACAGUCAAUGCCGAAAUGUCCAGGGCGUGCCAUCCUGCUCGUGUUUGCCGGAAUACAUAGGUGCUCCCCCCAACUGUAGACCCGAGUGCACCAUCAGCGCCGAAUGCUCUUCGAGCAUGGCCUGCAUACGGGAAAAGUGUAUCGAUCCUUGUCCCGGGUCCUGCGGCUAUGCGGCCGACUGUAACGUAAUCAAUCAUACUCCCAUUUGUACCUGUCCCACGGGCUAUACGGGCGAUCCGUUCAGUAGUUGUCGUCUGGCACCACCAGAGCCUGUCCAAAACGAAUACGUUGAUCGUUGCCAACCCUCCCCAUGUGGUCCCAAUGCCCAAUGCAACGAUGGCGUCUGCAGCUGUCUGCCAGAGUUCCAUGGUGAUCCGUACGCCGGCUGUCGUCCGGAAUGCGUGCUGAACUCCGAUUGUCCGCGUGACAAGGCUUGUCUGCGCAGCAAAUGCCUGAAUCCGUGCCCAGGCACUUGUGGCGAGAACGCCAUCUGCGAUGUCAUCAACCACAUUCCCAUGUGCAGGUGUCCAGAUGGUACCGCUGGUAGCGCCUUUAUACGCUGCUCUCCCGUGCCGAAAGCUGUUGCUACGAAUCCUUGCCAGCCAUCACCAUGUGGUCCAAACUCUCAAUGUCGCGAGGUCAAUCAGCAGGCCGUCUGUUCCUGCCUGCCCAGUUACAUUGGAGCACCGCCCACCUGCCGACCGGAGUGCACCUCGAAUGCCGAGUGUGCGCCCACACAAGCGUGUCUCAAUCAACGUUGUGGUGAUCCAUGUCCUGGCACUUGCGGCGUCGGCGCCAAUUGUGCCGUGGCUAAUCACAGUCCUUUUUGCACUUGCCCCACCCGAUUUACAGGAAAUCCGUUCGUGCGUUGCCAACCCCAAAGUAAGCAAAUAAUCCACAUGGCAAUUCCUAAAGAAGCUCUUUACAAUAUGACCAACUUCUUAGUUGAACCCGUGAAAGAUGUUCAGCCUAUCGAUCCUUGUCGUCCCUCGCCCUGUGGACCCUAUUCACAGUGCCGUGCCAUAGGUGAGGCACCAGCCUGCUCAUGUCUGGAAACCUACAUUGGACGUCCGCCGAAUUGCCGACCCGAAUGCGUCACCAGCUCAGAUUGUAGCAGUCAAUUGGCCUGCAUCAACCAGAAGUGCUCGGAUCCCUGUCCUGGACGCUGUGGCCUCAAUGCCGAGUGCCGCGUGGUCAGUCAUACGGUACAGUGUAUUUGCCAGCAGGGAUAUAGCGGAGAUCCCUUCAUGCAGUGCAGCCCGGAGAUCGUACGAGACAUUGAAGUGCGCACUCCCUGCAAUCCGAGUCCCUGUGGAUCAAAUGCCAUUUGCAGGGAACGCGAUGGAGCUGGCUCUUGUCAGUGUCUGCCCGAAUACAUUGGCAAUCCCUACGAUGGCUGCCGACCCGAGUGCGUUCUCGACUCCGACUGCCCGUCGAAUAGAGCCUGCCAGCAACAGAAGUGUCAGGAUCCAUGUCCGGGCACCUGCGGACAAAAUGCCAACUGUCAGGUAGUCAAUCAUUUGCCCUCCUGCAACUGUCUGCCCGGAUACAUAGGCGAUCCGUAUCGCCUCUGCACACGUCCAGCUGAACCUGUACCUGUGGAGUAUUCGAAUCCAUGUCAGCCCUCGACUUGUGGCCCCAACUCUCAAUGCCGCGUCGUUAACGAACAGGCGGUUUGCUCCUGUCUGCCACAGUUUAUAGGUCAACCACCCGCUUGCCGACCCGAGUGCACCAUCUCCUCAGAGUGUGCCACCGACAAGGCUUGCCUCAAUCAAAAGUGCGUCGAUCCCUGUGUGGCAAACACAUGUGGCAGCAAUGCCAUUUGUCGUGUGCGCAACCACAGUCCCAUUUGCAGUUGCAUCGGUGGUUUCACUGGCGAUGCCUUCACCAAGUGUUUCCCCAUACCACCACCGCCUAUCGAAGAACAACGUGAACCACUGCGUGAUCCCUGCGUACCCACACCUUGUGGGCCCCAUUCCGAGUGCCGAAACAUCAAUGGCGUUCCCGCCUGUUCCUGCCUGGCUACUUUUAUUGGUCAGGCGCCCAACUGUCGUCCAGAGUGCACCAUCAACUCGGAGUGUCCUAGUCAACAGGCGUGCAUUAAUCAGAAAUGUCGCGAUCCAUGUCCUGGUGCCUGUGGCUUGAAUGCCCAGUGUAGCGUUAUCAACCACACUCCCCUCUGUGCCUGCAUCGAGGGUUAUAUUGGUAACCCCUUUACCAAUUGUAGUCCAAAGCCUCCAGCUCCAACAACGCCGCCGGUUAAGGAUGAUCCUUGCAAUCCUUCGCCAUGUGGUCCCAAUGCCCAGUGUCGGGAUGGUCAAUGCAGCUGUAUAGCGGAGUACCAGGGUGAUCCAUAUGUGGGUUGUCGUCCCGAAUGUGUGCUGAACACAGACUGCGCCCAUAAUCGCGCCUGUGUACGCAACAAGUGCAUUGAUCCCUGUCCCGGCACCUGCGGUGUGAAUGCCAUAUGUGAAGUGACUAACCAUGUGCCCAUCUGUCGAUGUCCGGAUCAGAUGUCGGGCAAUGCCUUCUUCGAAUGUCGCCCUGUGGCUCCACCUACUUCACAGAAUCCCUGCCAGCCUUCGCCUUGUGGACCCAACAGCCAAUGUCGUGUGGUGCAACAGACUGCUGUGUGCUCCUGUCUCUCUGAUUAUGUUGGCAGUCCGCCUCAGUGUCGUCCGGAAUGUGUGACGAACUCGGACUGUGCUGCCAAUCUGGCGUGCCAGAACAUGAAGUGUCGUGAUCCCUGUCCAGGCACCUGUGGUUUUAAUGCCCUUUGUAAUGUGGUCAACCACAGUCCCUUCUGCAGCUGCCCCUCGAGCAUGUCCGGAAAUCCCUUCGUGCGCUGUCAACAGCAACUCGAACCACAACGCGAUGUACGACCCCCGAAUCCCUGUCAACCCUCACCAUGUGGUCCCAACUCCGAGUGUCGUGUCUCGGGAGAUUCACCAUCGUGUUCUUGCUUGCCUGAUUUCUUGGGCGCACCACCAAACUGUCGACCCGAAUGUAUAUCCAGCUCGGAGUGUGCCACCAGCUUGGCUUGCGUCAACCAGAAAUGUGUGGAUCCUUGUCCAGGACUCUGCGGACUCAAUGCAAACUGUCGUGUGUUCAGCCACACGCCCAUGUGCCUUUGCGAUGGAGGCUUCACAGGCGAUCCCUUCACACAGUGUAGUCCCAUUAGGGAUACUCCUGUUGAAGUUCUUCGGCCCUGCAAUCCGAGCCCCUGUGGCAUUAAUGCUAAGUGUGAGGAGCGUGGAGGAGCUGGCUCCUGUCAGUGUCUGCCAGAGUACUUUGGAAAUCCCUACGAGGGCUGUCGACCUGAGUGUGUCGUCAACUCGGAUUGUCCUUCAAAUAGAGCUUGCCAGCAACAAAAGUGCCACGAUCCAUGUCCAGGCACAUGUGGUCAGAACGCCGAGUGUCAGGUCAUUAAUCACUUGGCUACCUGCAACUGUUUCAAUGGCUACUCAGGAGAUCCCUACAGGUCUUGUCGUAUCAUAGAAAAUGCACCACCUGAACCUGUUUAUGUGAAUCCUUGCCAACCCUCGCCUUGUGGACCCAACUCGCGUUGUCGCGAGGUCAACGAACAAGCAGUCUGUUCCUGUCUAGCAGAGUUCAUAGGUCAGCCACCCGCCUGUCGUCCAGAGUGCACCACCAGCUCUGAGUGCGCUGCUGACAAGGCGUGUGUGAAUCGCAAAUGCGUCGACCCUUGCCCCAAUGUCUGUGGCCAACAGGCCGAGUGUCGCGUCCGUAAUCACAGUCCCAUCUGCACGUGUUUGAGUGGUUUCACUGGUGACGCCUUCACUCGUUGCUAUCGCAUUCCUCCUCCACCUGUUGCACCCAUUGAACGCGAACCUGUCGAUCCUUGUGUACCCUCGCCCUGUGGUGCCAACUCACAAUGUCGCGACAUACGCGGUACUCCCUCGUGCUCAUGCCUGCCGAACUAUCUCGGCACGCCACCCGGCUGUCGUCCCGAGUGUUCCAUCAAUGCAGAGUGCGCCAGCCAUCAAGCCUGCAUCAAUCAAAAGUGUCGCGAUCCUUGUCCAGGCUCCUGUGGUCUCAACACACAUUGCAAUGUGAUUAAUCACACGCCCAUCUGCAGUUGUUUAGUGGGUUAUAUUGGAGAUCCGUUCAUCGUUUGCAAUCCCGAGCCACCGCAAAGAAUUGAAGCACCGCCUGCACCUCAGGAUCCCUGCAAUCCAUCACCAUGUGGAGCCAACACCGUCUGUCGCGACGGCCAAUGCUCGUGUAUAGCCGAGUACCAGGGAGAUCCCUUCAUCGGAUGUCGACCAGAGUGCGUCCUGCAUACAGACUGUGCCCGCAAUCGCGCUUGUGUGCGUCACAAGUGUGUGGAUCCUUGUCCAGGCACAUGUGCCUCCAGCGCUAUUUGUGAGGUGCUUAACCAUAUUCCAAACUGCCGCUGUCCCGAGGGCAUGCAAGGAAACGCUUUUGUUCAAUGUAGUCCAGUGCCACAACUCGACGUCAUACAUAAUCCUUGCCAGCCAUCGCCCUGUGGUCCGAACUCUCAAUGUCGCGUUACCAAUCAACAGGCCAUCUGCUCUUGCAUCACACCUUUUAUUGGCAGCCCACCCUUCUGUCGUCCUGAGUGUACAUCCAACUCGGAGUGCCCCUUGAAUAUGGCCUGCCUCAAUCAGAAGUGCGGUGAUCCUUGCCCUGGUGUGUGUGGUCGCAAUGCGCACUGCCAUGUGACGAACCACAAUCCAUUCUGUCGCUGCCUGGAACGCCAUACGGGCAAUCCCUUCGUCAGCUGUCAGCCAAUCAUCGAACCACUGACACCACCACCUCGCCAGGCUUGCCAACCUUCUCCUUGUGGACCAUACGCUGAAUGCCGUGAGAUCAACGAGACACCCUCUUGCACAUGCCUGCCUAACUACAGUGGCACCCCACCCAACUGUCGACCGGAAUGUGUAACUAGCUCGGAAUGUCCCACGCAUCAAGCCUGCAUUCAGCAGAAGUGUCGAGAUCCAUGUCCUGGACUCUGUGGUCAGUCAGCUCAGUGCCGUGUGCUUUCGCAUACGCCGAGCUGUUACUGCCCCGAGGGAAUGGAAGGUGAUCCCUUCGUACAAUGUGUGGAGAAGAGAGUUAAGCCAUUGGAUCAACUUGAUCCAUGUAAUCCCAGCCCAUGUGGGGUCAAUGCUCGUUGCACAUCACGUCAGGAUGCCGGCUCUUGCCAGUGUCUUCAGGGUUACUUUGGCAAUCCAUACGAGGGUUGUCGACCUGAGUGUGUGCUCGACUCCGAUUGCCCCUCGAAUCGAGCCUGUCAACAGCAAAAGUGUCAGGAUCCUUGUCCCGGCACCUGUGGUGUUAAUGCCAUCUGCAACGUCCUAAAUCAUGUGCCGAGCUGUAGUUGCUUAACCGGGUACAGUGGUGAUCCAUACCGCUCGUGUCAACAGGAACGGGAGCCCGUCAAGGAGUAUGUGAAUCCCUGUCAGCCUUCACCAUGCGGUCCAAACUCACAAUGCAAGGAGAUCAACGGACAAGCUGUAUGCUCAUGUUUACCCGAAUAUGUUGGAGCACCUCCAGUCUGUCGGCCGGAGUGUACUAUCUCUUCAGAGUGCUCGGCAGAUAAAGCCUGUGUGGCUAAGAAGUGUAUUGAUCCCUGCCCAGGCACCUGUGGUGAUCAGGCUCUUUGUCGUGUGGUUAAUCACAGUCCCAUUUGUUCAUGCCGUGCCGGUUUUACGGGCGAUGCCUUUUAUCGCUGCCUGCCCAUUCCCCCGACGCCACCUGCAGUCAUUGUACAAAAGCAUCCGAUAGAUCCUUGUGUGCCCUCGCCUUGUGGUAGCUACGCGGAGUGCCGACCACAGGGUGAGGCGCCUUCAUGUUCUUGCCUCUCCGGUUAUCUGGGCGUGCCACCCAAUUGCCGUCCCGAAUGUCGCAUAAACUCGGAUUGUCCCAGCAGUCAGGCGUGUAUCAAUGAAAAGUGUCGCGAUCCUUGUCCCGGUUCUUGCGGAUUUGGGGCCAUUUGCAAUGUCCUCAAUCACACACCCAGCUGCACUUGUCCAGCGGGUUACACUGGAGAUCCAUUUAGUCACUGUCAACCUGAACCACCACCAAAGACUGUGGAAGCUGAUGAUCCUUGUAACCCAUCGCCUUGUGGCCCCAAUGCUUUGUGCAAUGCUGGCACUUGCACCUGUCUACCCGAGUAUCAGGGUGAUCCUUACAACGGCUGUCGUCCCGAGUGCCUGACCAGCUUGGAUUGUCCCCGGGAUCGUGCUUGCGCGCGUCAUAAGUGCUUCGAUCCUUGCCCAGGCACUUGUGCUCCCAAUGCUAUCUGUAAUGUUAUUAAUCACGUGCCAAUGUGCACAUGUCCCGAAGGAUUCGCCGGCAACGCGUUUGUACAUUGUCAACCUAUACCACCACCCGUUGUGGUACAACCUUGUCAACCCUCACCCUGUGGACCUAAUUCGCAGUGCCGAGAGGCAAAUCAACAAGCUGUGUGCUCCUGUGUGCCUGGUUAUCUGGGCACACCUCCGCUUUGUCGUCCAGAGUGCACUAGUAGCUCGGAAUGUCCUGCCCAGCUGGCCUGUGUGAACCAGAAAUGUAUCGAUCCCUGCCCUGGAACCUGCGGUCGCAGUGCCCAGUGCAGCGUGGUCAAUCACAAUCCCUUCUGCACCUGCCUGCCCCACUACACGGGAAAUCCAUUCGUAGGUUGCCAGCAGAUCAUCGAACCACCACAACUUGAUAAAGUGCCCCAGGAUCCUUGUCGUCCAUCACCGUGUGGUGCCAAUGCCGAGUGCCGCGCCACAGGGGAAACCGCCUCUUGCACUUGUCUGCCGGACUUUGUGGGCUCCCCGCCGUAUUGCAAGCCAGAAUGUGUUGCUAACUCCGAGUGUCCCUCGAACCUAGUGUGCAUCAAACAGAAGUGUCGCGAUCCCUGCCCUGGACUGUGUGCGACCAAUGCCAUUUGUCGCGUUGUCUCCCAUACAGCGAUGUGCGUUUGCAGCCCUGGACUGACUGGCGAUCCCUUCACGCAAUGUCAACCUAUUGAGCGGGAUGUAGAAAUCAUCAAUCCGUGCCAGCCUUCACCUUGUGGAUCAAAUGCCGAGUGCAUUCAAAGGAAUGGAGCUGGAGCCUGUCAAUGUCUGCCAGAAUACUUUGGUAAUCCCUAUGAGGGUUGCCGACCGGAGUGUGUUUUGAACUCGGACUGUCCAUCAAAUCGUGCCUGCCAGCAGCAAAAGUGCCGCGAUCCCUGUCCAGGCAGCUGUGGACAGAAUGCCGAGUGCAAUGUGGUCAACCAUACACCGAUGUGUUCCUGCUUCGUGGGAUAUGUAGGAGAUCCUUAUAGAUACUGUAACCAGCCUGCAGCACCAAUUGUCCACGACUAUGUGAAUCCUUGUUCGCCCUCGCCCUGUGGCUCCAAUGCCCAGUGCCGUGAGGUGCAGGGACAAGGAGUUUGUUCCUGUCUACCCGACUUUAUGGGUGUACCACCCAACUGCCGACCCGAGUGUACUUCCAGCGCUGAGUGCCCCACCGCCCAGGCGUGCAUCAAUCGCAAGUGCGUUGAUCCAUGCCCGGGUGUCUGCGGUCAAGGCGCAAUUUGUCAAGUUCGCAACCACAGUCCCAUUUGCAUGUGUCCCCCAAAUCUGAUCGGUGAUCCCUUCGUGCGCUGCUUGCCCCGACCAACACGUAAGCCACCACCACUAAGGGAUGAGGUUCCCUAUAGAGAUCCCUGCGUACCAUCACCAUGUGGUCUCUAUGCCACCUGUCGCAAUCAACAGGAUCAAGCUAUUUGUGCCUGCCAGCCAAAUUACUAUGGUGCUCCACCGCAUUGUCGCCCCGAGUGUACGAUCAAUGCCGACUGCCCCACCCAUUUGUCUUGUAUCAAUGAGAAAUGUCGCGAUCCCUGCGUCGGCGCAUGUGGUCAGCACACAGAAUGCCGUGUGAUUAACCAUACUCCCAACUGUGUCUGUCUGCAUGGCUUUGUGGGCGAUGCCUUUACGGCCUGCCAGCCUUCACCACCACUACCUGCCUAUGAAGAGCCCCGAGAUCCCUGUAAUCCAAGUCCCUGUGGCAGCAAUGCCCUCUGCUCUGGCCAAGGACAAUGCACAUGCAUUGCCGAGUACCAAGGCGAUCCCUUUGUCGCCUGUCGUCCCGAGUGUGUCCUUAGCUCUGAGUGUCCCCGCAAUCGCGCGUGUAAGCAGCAGAAGUGUGUAGAUCCCUGCCCUGGCACCUGUGGUGCCAGCGCAAUCUGUGAGGUGGUGAACCACAUUGCCAUGUGCCACUGUCCCGCAGGCAUGACGGGCAAUGCUUUCGUUCACUGCAGCACUGUUCAAAUGGAAGUCUAUCAGAAUCCCUGCCAGCCAUCGCCGUGUGGUGCCAAUGCCGAGUGUCGCGAGCGUCAGGGACAAGCCAUCUGCAGCUGUUUGCCCAACUAUUAUGGCGUACCACCCUCCUGUCGUCCUGAGUGUACCACCAACUACGACUGUGCUCCGAGUCGGGCCUGCCAAAACCAACUAUGUGUCGACCCCUGUCCGGGUGUCUGUGGUGCCUAUGCCGAGUGCCGGGCGGUCAGCCACAGUCCCUUCUGUAGUUGUCGCCCAGGGUACACCGGCAACCCAUUCGUGCAGUGUCACAUUAUUAUCGAACCCUUGCGAGACAUUGUGUCCAAGGAUCCCUGUCAACCCACGCCCUGCGGUCCCAACAGCGAAUGCCGUCGCAUUGGGGAUACUUAUUCGUGCUCCUGUCUCGAGAGCUUCUUUGGAACUCCACCCAACUGUCGACCAGAGUGCUUAUCCAACUCUGAUUGUGCCUCAUCGCUGACUUGCAUCAACAAUCACUGCAAGGAUCCCUGUCCUGGUCUCUGCGGCAGCGGUGCUGAGUGCCGUGUGCUAAGCCACAGCGCCAUGUGCUACUGUCAGCCAGGCUACACUGGGGAUCCCUUUGUGCUUUGCUCGCCGACACAGCGGGAUCCACCCGAGGUUAUACAGCCCUGCAAUCCCAAUCCUUGUGGUUCCUUUGCGGAGUGUCGUGAGCAGAACGGGGUUGGCUCUUGCCAGUGCCUGGCUAAUUACUUCGGCAAUCCUUAUGAUGCCUGUCGCCCCGAAUGUGUUCUCGACUCCGACUGUCCCUUUAAUCGGGCCUGUAUCAAUCAGAAGUGCCGCGAUCCCUGCCCCGGCAGCUGUGGCCACAACGCGGAGUGCUAUGUGCGCAAUCAUCUUCCCACCUGCAACUGUCUCGACAACUAUGUGGGUGAUCCCUACAUUUCCUGCAAACGCGAAGACAAACCCAUUCGCGAGUACGUUAACCCUUGCCAACCCUCGCCCUGUGGCCCUAACUCGCAGUGCAAGGAACUCAACGAGCAGGCCGUCUGCUCCUGUCUGGUCGAUUAUGUUGGUCAGCCUCCUGGCUGUCGACCCGAAUGUACACUCUCCUCGGAAUGUAGCUUCGACAAGGCAUGUGUGCAUCACAAGUGCAUCGAUCCUUGUCCUGGCGCUUGUGGCAACAAUGCCCUUUGUCGUGUCACGAAUCAUGCACCUUUCUGCGCCUGCCAAUCGGGCUACACGGGAGAUCCGUUCACGCGUUGUUAUCCCGUGCCACCACCUCCUGUACAGGUGCUCGACGAACCCACUCGCGAUCCCUGCCAGCCCUCACCUUGUGGAGCCAAUGCCCAAUGUCGUCAGUUACAUGAUCAGGCCGUGUGUACCUGCCUCGCCGGUUACUUUGGAACACCACCGAGCUGUCGACCAGAGUGCACCACCAGUGCUGAGUGUCUGCCUAGCCUGGCAUGCAUUAAUCAGCGCUGCGUGAAUCCCUGUCCUGGCUCCUGCGCGUACAAUGCUCUCUGUAGCGUAAGGAAUCAUGUUCCGAGCUGUCAGUGUCCAGUGGGUUAUGUGGGUGAUCCGUUUACCGCCUGCCAGCUAGAGCCACCCCAACCCAAGCCCGUUUUGAAUGAUGAUCCUUGCCAUCCCUCACCCUGUGGACCCAAUGCCCAGUGUCAAAAUGGUCAGUGUACCUGCCUAGCCGAAUAUCAAGGUGAUCCGUAUGUAGGAUGCCGUCCGGAGUGUGUGCUCAAUGCCGACUGUCCGAGAAAUCACGCCUGUGUUCAUCAUAAGUGUGUGGAUCCUUGUCCUGGUACCUGUGCUCCCAAUGCCAUCUGUGAUGUCCUCAACCACAUUGCCAUGUGCCGUUGUCCCACUGGCAUGACAGGCAGCGCCUUUAUCCAGUGUGAAACUCCUCUAGUGCAAUACUCGCCGCCAGUUAACCCUUGUGCUCCUUCGCCUUGUGGUCCCAACAGUCGAUGCCGCGUGUUAAAUGAGAACGCUGUCUGCACGUGCGUGGAGGAUUAUGUGGGCACUCCACCCAACUGUCGUCCAGAAUGCACACGCAACUCGGACUGUCUGCCACAUCUGGCGUGUCAACAGCAGCAUUGCAUCGAUCCCUGCCCGGGCACCUGUGGCUACAAUGCCCUUUGCCAUGUGGUCAACCAUGCUCCAAUCUGCAGCUGUCCACCGCGUCACAUUGGCAAUCCCUUCCUGGGUUGCCAACCAGAACCGCAACACGAUGUUGUCGUCAAGAAGCAACCCUGCCAACCCUCACCUUGUGGUCCUUACGCCGAAUGUCGCGCUGUCGGAGAUCAGUCACAAUGCAGCUGUCUGCCUACCUAUAUAGGAGCACCACCCUACUGUCGGCCGGAGUGUGUGACGAACUCGGAGUGUAGUUUCGACAGGGCCUGUGUGCGACAGAAGUGUGUGGAUCCCUGUCCAGGCACCUGUGGAGCCAAUGCCAUUUGUCAUGUGCUAAGUCACAUGGCAAUGUGUUAUUGUACGCCUGGCUACACGGGCGACCCCUUCAGCAGCUGCCACCAGACACCCAUACAACAGGCGGAACCCUUGCAGCCAUGUCACCCCAAUCCUUGUGGUGCCAAUGCGCUGUGCCGCCAGGAAGGCAACGCCGGUUCCUGUCAAUGUCUGCCUGACAACCAUGGCAACCCCUACGAGGCCUGUCGACCCGAGUGUGUUUCCGACAGCGACUGCGCAUCGGAUAAGUCCUGUCAACAGCUCAAGUGUCGCGAUCCUUGCCCAGGUGUCUGUGGUCUCAAUGCCGCCUGUAGGGUCCUUAACCAUCUACCCACCUGUCAUUGCUUGAAUGGUUUUUCAGGGGAUCCCUAUCGCUAUUGCCAGUUGCCUGAGAAACCUAUAAUUAAGGACUAUGUUAAUCCCUGUCAACCCUCACCCUGCGGCCCCAACUCGCAGUGCAAGGCUCUUAAUGAGCAGGCCAUCUGCUCCUGCUUGUCUGAAUAUGUUGGGGAACCCCCGAAUUGCCGUCCCGAGUGUGUCACGAGUGCGGAAUGUGCCCAUGACAAGUCAUGCAUCAAUCAAAAGUGUCGCGAUCCCUGUCCCGGUGUCUGUGGCUCCAAUGCCGAAUGUCGGGUGCUCCAUCAUGCUCCCAUUUGCAGUUGUCGCCGGGGUUAUCAGGGAGAUGCUUUCUCCCGUUGCUAUCCUGUGUCACCCCCGCCUCCUGCCUUGGACGUUUAUCAGAAUCCUUGUGUUCCUUCGCCUUGUGGACAGUACGCCGAGUGUCGCGAGAAUCAGGGUACGGCUGUAUGCUCCUGUAGGCCAAACUACUUUGGCAGUCCACCCAAUUGCCGCCCCGAAUGUAGUAUCAACGCCGACUGUCCCGCCCACUUGGCCUGCCAACAGCAGCGUUGUCGGGAUCCUUGUCCCGGUGCUUGCGGCUUUAAUGCACUGUGCAUGGUCAUCAAUCACAUACCGACGUGUCAGUGCGCGCCUGGCCUAACUGGCAAUCCGUUUGCAUCCUGUCAAGCCCCAGCACCCGCUCCUCAGCCACCUCUACUGGACACAGAUCCCUGCCAGCGCGUGCAAUGUGGCGCCAAUGCCAUCUGUCGGGAUGGGCAAUGCAGCUGUCUGCCUGGUUAUCAUGGCAAUCCAUCCAUUGGCUGUCGUCCCGAGUGUAUAUUGAGCACGGAGUGUGCUCUUAGCUUGGCCUGCGUGCGUCAAAAGUGCAUUGAUCCCUGUCCUGGCACCUGCGGCUCGAAUGCCAUAUGUGAGGUGCACAACCAUGUAGCCAUGUGUCACUGCCCCUCCGGAAUGACAGGAAAUGCCUUUGCGCAGUGUGUGCCACUUCCGCCACUUCCACCACGUGUGAUUGCUGAUCCCUGUCAGCCCUCGCCCUGUGGUCCCAAUGCCCAGUGUCGCCCGAUCAAUGGACAAGCAGUCUGCUCGUGUCUGCCCAAAUUUGUGGGCGUGCCACCCUCAUGUCGUCCGGAAUGCAUCAGCAAUGCUGAGUGCCCACUUUAUCAGGCCUGUCUACAGCAACAUUGCCGUGAUCCCUGUCCAGGCGCCUGUGGCUUGAAUGCCGAGUGCCAGGUGCUAAAUCACAGCCCAAUAUGUCGCUGCAUUAAUUCAUAUACUGGAAAUCCCUUCGUCGCCUGUCAUCUGCAACCGCCGCCAGUGCCAAUUCAGGAUGUAAUUGAUCCUUGCCAGCCUUCACCUUGUGGCGCCAACUCGGAUUGUCGCAAUGUGGGCAAUAAUGCUCAAUGCAGUUGCCUGCCGGACUUUACAGGAAGCCCACCCAAUUGCCGACCUGAGUGCGUCAGCAGUGCUGAUUGUCCCACCAAUCUUGCCUGUCUGAAUCAAAAGUGCCGCGAUCCCUGUCCAGGAGUCUGUGGCUCAAAUGCUGAGUGUUAUGUGAUCAAUCAUACACCGAUGUGCGUCUGCUCCGGCGGUCAUAGUGGGAACCCCUUCGUCAGCUGCUAUGUGGUCAGAGACGUGCCUGAGACCGUGUCUCCUUGUGUUCCCAGUCCAUGCGGCUCCAAUGCCCUUUGCAGUGAACAGAAUGGAGCUGGAGCCUGUCGCUGUCUACCCGACUUCUUUGGUAAUCCCUACGAGGGAUGUCGUCCCGAGUGUCUCCUCAAUUCAGAUUGUGCCAGCCAUUUAGCGUGUUUCAAUCAACACUGUCGCGAUCCUUGCUCUGGAGCUUGCGGCACAAAUGCUGUGUGCCAUGUCCGUGAUCAUCUGCCUCAAUGUAGUUGCCUCAGUGGUUUCGAGGGUAAUCCCUACAGCUACUGCAGUGUCCUACGCGAACCUCCACGUGAUCCUGUGCCAUUGGAUCCGUGCCAGCCCUCACCUUGUGGACCCAAUUCUCAUUGUCGUCAAGCGAAUCGACAGGCUAUCUGCACUUGCCUACCUGAUUUUAUAGGCUCUCCACCCGCCUGCCGCCCGGAGUGUACCAUCUCAUCGGAGUGUGCUCUGGAUAAGGCGUGCAGCAAUCAUCACUGCGUCGACCCCUGUCCGGGCGUUUGUGACCGUAAUGCCGCGUGUCGCACCAUCAACCACAGUCCACACUGCAGUUGUUUGCCCGGCUUUACGGGUGAUGCCUUCAGUAGUUGUCGCGCAAUUCCUCCCGCCAUCAGCUACGAUUAUCCGAGGGACACUUACCGCGAUCCCUGCGUUCCCUCGCCCUGUGGCGCCUAUGGGCAGUGCCAUGCCCAACGUGGUCAAGCUGUGUGCACCUGCCAGCUGGGCUACUAUGGCGCACCACCCAACUGCCAGCCCGAGUGCGUCAUCAACUCAGAUUGCGCCUCUCAUUUGGCCUGCUUGAAUGAAAAGUGUCGCGAUCCCUGUCCCGGCUCUUGUGGCAUCUCUGCCCAGUGUAGCGUUGUUAAUCACACGCCCGUUUGCAGUUGUCCUGUGGGUUAUCAGGGUAAUCCUUUCGUUAACUGCGCACCGAUACCACCGUCUCGUGAUCCACCCGCACCACAUGAUGCCUGCAAUCCAUCGCCCUGCGGCUCCAAUGCCGUUUGCAACAAUGGACAAUGUACUUGUCUGUCCGAAUUCCAUGGUAAUCCGUAUGUGGGCUGUCGGCCGGAGUGUGUGCUCAACACAGACUGUGCCCGGGACUCAGCAUGUCAGCGCAACAAAUGUAUCGAUCCCUGUCCAGGUGCAUGUGGUGUAGGCGCCAUCUGCGAGGUGCGUCAACAUGUUCCCAUGUGCCACUGUCCACCCGGCACCUCCGGCAAUGCUUUCGUUCAGUGUGCAGUAGUUCAACCUGAUCCUGUCUUGCCCCUCAAUCCCUGUCAACCGUCACCUUGUGGCAGCAAUGCCCAGUGUCGUGUGGCCAAUGAGCAGGCUGUCUGCUCCUGCCUUCCUGGCUACUUUGGCACACCCCCUCAAUGUCGACCCGAGUGUACCAUCAACUCGGACUGUGCCCCACACUUGGCCUGCCUAAAUCAAAACUGCCGCGAUCCCUGUCCAGGCGCCUGCGGACAGCAGGCACUCUGCCAGGUCAUCCGACACACACCCCAUUGUAGCUGCCCCAUCGGAUACUCGGGCAACGCUUUUGCUCUCUGCCAGCGUCUGCCACCGCCUCCACUCAUCCAACACGAGCCUGUUAAUCCUUGCCAGCCGUCGCCCUGCGGUGCUAAUGCUCAGUGCACGCCUUCGUCGGAUAGAAGCCAGGCGCAAUGUAAAUGCUUGGAGAAUUACAUCGGAACGCCGCCCCAAUGUCGACCAGAGUGUCUAACUUCUGCGGAGUGUGCUAAUCAAUUGGCCUGUAUUCAGCAGAAGUGUCGCGAUCCUUGUCCCGGCGUAUGCGGCCAGGCAGCAACCUGUCAGGUGAUCAGCCAUGUGCCCUCGUGUAUUUGCAUUGCGGAUUACAUUGGAGAUCCCUUCACACGUUGCUAUCCGCGUCCAGCUUUAGAACGAGAUCAGCUUAAUCCUUGUGUGCCGAGCCCUUGUGGUGGCAACGCUGUCUGCCGUCAACAGGGAGCAGUCGGUUCCUGCCAAUGCCUUCCCGAGUAUUAUGGCAAUCCCUACGAGGGCUGCCGACCCGAGUGUGUCCUCAACUCUGACUGUUCCAGCCACUUGGCAUGUCUUAAUCAACAUUGUCGCGAUCCUUGUCCGGGCAGCUGUGCCCCCAAUGCCCAGUGUCACGUGGUAAACCAUGUGCCCAUCUGCAGUUGCUAUCCUGGCUUCAAUGGCGAUCCCUAUCGCCACUGUCAGCUGCGCCAGGCGGAACCCGUCCCAGUGGUCUACGUGAAUCCCUGCGAGCCCUCACCUUGCGGUCCCAAUGCUCAAUGUAAGGACCUGCAGGGUCAGGCAAUUUGCAGUUGCCUGCCCGAUUACUUUGGUACUCCCCCCGUCUGUCGACCCGAAUGCACCACCAAUCCCGAGUGUCCCCACGACAAGGCCUGCAUUAACCUCAAGUGUCGCGAUCCCUGUCCAGGCGCCUGUGGCUACAAUGCCAUCUGCCAGCCACUGCAGCACCGAGCCCGUUGCUCCUGCCAGCCCGGUUUUACUGGCGACGCCCUCGUGCGCUGUCAACCUAUACCGGUUCGUCUGCCACAAAGUGAACCCUACCACGAUCCCUGUGUGCCCUCACCUUGUGGAUUGUACGCCCAAUGUCGGGUGGCAAACGAUCAGGCUAUCUGCAGUUGUCUGUCCCAAUAUUAUGGCACACCACCACAUUGCCAACCCGAGUGCACCCUCAACUCCGAUUGUCCAGGUCAUCGUGCCUGCAUCAAUGAGAAGUGCAGAGAUCCAUGUCCAGGAGCUUGUGGUCUUAACGCACAAUGUUAUGUGUUGAACCAUAUUCCCAGCUGCUCGUGUCCUCGGGGUUAUCUCGGUGAUCCAUUCCAUCGUUGUUACCCAGCACCAAUUGCAGUACCUUCCACUCCAAUUGCGGAUGAUCCUUGCCAAUCGUCUCCUUGUGGCACAAAUGCCCAGUGCACAGGUGGAAUCUGCAGUUGCCUGCCACUCUAUCAGGGCGAUCCCUAUAUAGGCUGUCGUCCAGAGUGUGUGCUCAGCACAGAGUGUUCCCGAGACAAAUCAUGUGUGCACAAUCGUUGCAUUGAUCCUUGUCCUGGCACUUGCGGCUACUCCGCCAUUUGUGACGUGCACAAUCAUGUGGCCAUGUGUCAUUGUCCGGCUGGUAUGCAAGGUAAUCCAUUUGUGCUCUGCCAGCCAACACCACAAGUUGUGGCACCACAACCAGCACCACUACAGCCUUGCCAACCUUCACCAUGUGGCAACAACGCUCAUUGUCGCGCUGUGAGAGAUCAGGCGAUCUGCAGUUGCUUGCCCGGCUACUAUGGUAGUCCACCCACCUGCAGACCCGAAUGCACUACUGAUUCGGAGUGUCCGCUUAGCCUGGCAUGCCUCAAUCAACAUUGUCGUGAUCCUUGUCCAGGCGUCUGCGGUCAUCAGGCCGUCUGUCAUGUGGUCAACCAUAGACCGCAGUGUGUCUGUCCCGCCGGCUACACGGGCAGCCCCUACACACAAUGUCAACCCAUUCGGCAAACUCCAAUGCCGACUCCAACCGUAAAUCCUGUACACCACGAGCCCCUUGAUCCGUGUUUGCCCACGCCUUGUGGUCCACACUCUCAGUGCAGCAGUGAGAGGGGCGUGGCUACCUGUCGCUGUGAGCUGGAGCAUGUGGGAGUGCCUCCCUACUGCCGCCCCGAGUGCAUAUCCAAUAGCGACUGUCCCAGCGAUCACGCCUGCAUUAAUCGCAAGUGCCAAGAUCCUUGUCCCGGUCUUUGUGGUUUCAACGCGGUCUGUCGCACCAGCAACCACCAACCGAACUGUGUGUGUGCACCAGGUCUGAUUGGCAAUCCGUUUACCGCCUGCCAACCACCGCCACCAUCCGUUCCAACCCCUACACCUCCACCGAGAGUAACUGCCAUACAGACACCGCAGUUUGAGGAACGCCCGUUAGAUCCUUGCCAGCCAAAUCCUUGUGGUGCCAACGCCAUUUGCAGUCGGCACCAAGGCGUAGGCUCUUGCAGCUGUCUACCAGACUAUUAUGGCAAUCCCUAUGAGGCUUGUCGUCCUGAAUGCAUCCUUAACAGUGACUGUCCCUCGCACAGAGCGUGCGUGCAGCAGAAGUGUCGCGAUCCUUGCCCCGGUGUAUGUGGCCUCAAUGCAGAAUGCCGUGUGGUGGAUCAUUUACCACAUUGCAGCUGUUAUAAGGGCUACACGGGCAACCCCCUAAUCCACUGUGCUCUACUAGCACCAGUCGUGCAGCAAUUUCACCUCAGUCCAUGUGAUCCAUCUCCUUGUGGGGCCAAUUCUCAGUGCCGCGAGAGCAAUGAGCAGGCCAUCUGCUCUUGUAUGCCCGAUUUCUAUGGCAGUCCACCUUAUUGCCGACCUGAGUGCACCCUCAACUCUGAGUGCGUUUUCGACAAGGCCUGUGUACAGCACAGAUGCAUCGAUCCCUGUCCUGGAGCUUGCGGCAUCAAUGCCGAAUGUCGCGUCCAUUACCACAAUCCCAUAUGUUACUGCGGACCCUCGCACACUGGAAACCCCUUCACCCGAUGCUACGAGAAUCCCAGACCUCCCACAAAUGUUCGACCUCCUAUAUACGACACAGCAGCACCACCCUAUCCGGUUGCCAUACCCGGCGUGGCUUACAUUCCCUCUGAGUCGCAACCAAAUCCACCCACAUACCAACCCUCACUAUAUACGACACAUCCUACUCAAACUACACCACAACCAAAACCAGGUGUCAUCAACAUUCCGUCGGUAUCGCGACCAUCGUCACCAAACACGCAACCACCGUACUAUGAACCACAAAACCCCGCACAACAACCACAACCGACACCGGGAGCUAUCAAUAUUCCCUCAGUGCCUCAGCCGGUGCAACCGACAUCAAAGGCACCGGUCUUUAUCUCAUCACCAAAUCCUACGACACCUGCACCACAGCCAGCAGUUAUCAAUAUACCAUCAGCAUCCCAGCCACAUUAUCCGUCACCUCAGCCUGCUUUCUACGAUGUAAACAAUCCCGAAGCACAACAACCUCAGCCACCAGGUGUGGUAAAUAUUCCGUCAAUUCCCCAGCCGUCGUAUCCAACACCACAACCUCCAGUCUAUGAAGUGAAUUAUUCAACAACACAGCCAACACCACAACAGCCUGGAGUUAUAAAUAUUCCGACAGCACCACAGCCGCAGCCUCCUGCACCACAAUCUCCAAUAUUCGUACCGUCGCCAGUAGACACGACUCCUUCACCACAAAUAAGCAUAAUCAAUAUCCCAUCGAUACAACAACAGUCGUAUCCAACACCUCAGGCUCCAAUUUAUGAUGUCAAAUACCCUACACAUCCGACACAAACGCCUGUUCCAGGUGUUAUCAACAUUCCCUCUGAACCACAACCACAGCCGAUACCUCAGCCACCCCGUCCAGCAAUAUACGAUGUUUACUAUCCGCCACCACCACAAAUUCCCGGAGUUAUAAAUAUUCCGUCUCUACCCCGACCGACCUAUCCGACACCACAAUCUCCUGUGUAUGUGGCAACACCACCAGCUCAGUCGGCGUAUCCAUCUCCACAAGAACCGGCUUACGAUGUAAAUUACCCUACAUCACAACCAACACCACAACAACCUGGAGUUAUCAACAUUCCAUCACAUCCACACCCUGUACACCCUACACCACAACCACCGAUAUAUAGUUCAUCUCCUCCAGAAACGACACCUGCACCACGUCCAGGAGUUAUUAAUAUACCAUCAUUACCGCAACCGCCUUACCCAACACCUCAACCUCCGAUUUACGAUGUUAACUACCCAUCACAGCAUCCACCUACAGUGCCACAACCGACGAAUCCGUCUACUCGACCUCCAAUCUACGACGUGAGCUACUCUACCCCACAGCCUACACCAGAAAAACCAGGAGUUAUAAACAUUCCAUCAGCACCACAACCAUCGUAUCCCUCACCACAAUCUCCACUGUACAUUCCAUCCCCAUUGGCCACUUCAAGACCUGCACCGCAACCUGGAAUUAUCAAUAUACCAUCGGUACCGCAACCGCCUUACCCAACACCUCAACCUCCAAUCUACGAUGUGAACUACCCGACGCAACAACCAACUCAUAAUCCAAGUGUUGUGAACAUUCCUUCAUAUCCAGAGCCCGUUCAACCAACUUAUCCGACGAUAUCAACACCAGCACCACAGCCUGGUGUAUACAAUAUUCCUUCGGUACCCCAGCCAACUUAUCCAAUUUCGCACCCUGCAAUCAAUGUGAAUCACCCCACACCACAACACCCUGGUGUAGUAAACAUUCCUUCGGCCCCACAGCCGUCGUAUCCAUACCCUCAAACUCCGACCUAUGAUGUAAAUCCUAAGCCACAACCAAGGCCAGGUGUCAUCAACAUUCCAUCGGUGGGAGAACCAACUCCUACACCGACGCCCCUUCGUCCGGUCUAUGAUGUUGCUACUCAGUUUGAAGUCAAUCCUUGUUUCCCUUCGCCGUGUGGACCAUACUCACAGUGUCACAAUCGCUUUGGAGUCGCGGCCUGUAUAUGUCUGCCCAAUUAUAGUGGAACACCACCAAAUUGUCGUCCAGAAUGCAUUGUGCACUCCGAUUGUCCUGCCCACUUGGCGUGUGUGAAUGAAAAAUGUCGCGAUCCUUGCGAAGGAUCAUGUGCAUACAAUGCCCUUUGCCGCGUACAAAAUCAUGUGCCCAAUUGCUUCUGUGCUCCGGGAGAUACGGGCGAUCCUUUCGUUUUUUGUCAUAGGAAGCCUCAAGUACAACGUGAUCCCACUCCAAAGGAUCUGUGUUAUCCUUCGCCUUGUGGUGCGAAUGCUAUUUGCAACAAUGGUAUCUGCAGUUGUCUUGCUGAAUAUCAUGGUAAUCCCUACGUUGGUUGUCGUCCGGAAUGUGUGCUGAAUACGGAUUGUGCUAAGGAUAAGGCUUGUAGAAGUCAAAAGUGCGAGGAUCCCUGCCCAGGAACCUGUGGACUGAACGCGCUUUGUCAUGUCUACAAUCACAUUCCGAGCUGCUCGUGUCCAACUCAAAUGCAAGGAGAUGCCUUUGUUCGCUGUGAUCCUAUUCCGAUUACCAAACCCAUACCUGAAUCACCGAUCAUAAGAACGACGACAACAAGUGCACCCACUGUACCCACAACACUCCCCGCUGUUAUACCACAACGCAAGCCCAUUAAUCCCUGCCAGCCAUCGCCUUGCGGUCCAAAUGCCCAAUGCCGAGCGCACCAGGAGCAAGCCAUUUGCUACUGUCUGCCUGGCUAUCUGGGCACGCCUCCCUCCUGUCGUCCGGAGUGCAGCAGCAACUCGGAUUGCCCCCUUGACAAAUACUGCCUGAAUCUCAGAUGUCGCGAUCCCUGUCCAGGUGCAUGUGGCUUACGCGCUUCAUGUCACGUCCAAAACCACAGUCCCAUCUGCUUGUGUCCUUCAUUCUUGACGGGAAACCCACUGUUAGCCUGUCAAGCUAUAGUUGUACCAACACCAGCCAGAGAUCCCAUCGAAGUGAAUCCUUGUCAGCCCUCACCCUGUGGUCCCCACUCAGAGUGUGAGCCAACCGCACAGGGUGCCCGCUGCUCGUGUCUCAGAGACUUCAUAGGCACACCACCGCACUGUCGACCCGAGUGUGUGAGCUCCGCCGACUGUGCUAGCGACAAAGCCUGUCUGAACCGCAAAUGUGUGGACCCUUGUCCCGGAAGUUGUGGUCAGCAGGCGCUCUGUCGCGUCGUGGCGCACAGUCCGCUCUGUUAUUGCCCGGUGGGUUUAGUGGGUGAUGCCCUUGGUGCAUGCGUUGCACCCAGACCACCACCAGUUUUGCCAUGUCAGCCCAACCCAUGUGGGGUAAAUGCGAUUUGCUUGCCCCACCGUGAGUUGAGCGUCUGUCAAUGCCUGCCGGACUACUAUGGCAAUCCCUAUGAGAUCUGUCGACCCGAAUGCACCCUUAACUCGGACUGCAGCAGCGAUCGUGCCUGCGUGCGAGAGAAGUGCCAAGAUCCUUGUCCUGGUGUCUGUGGCAUCAAUGCCCUUUGUCAGGUUAUCAAUCACAGUCCCAUAUGUGAAUGCCUGCCCCAACAUGUGGGCAAUCCCUAUCACAGCUGCCACGUGUUGCAGCAAGAACCUACGCCUCCUGUUUAUGUGAAUCCCUGCGAACCGACGCCCUGUGGCGCCAACUCUCAGUGUCGCGAAUCCCAGGGACAGGCCAUUUGUAGCUGUCUGCCGGAGUUUAUAGGCACCCCACCCGCCUGUCGUCCCGAGUGCGUGAUCAGCGCCGAAUGUCCUGCGGAUAAGGCCUGCAUCAAGCAGAAGUGUCAAGAUCCCUGUCCAGGAGCUUGUGGCAUCAAUGCCCAGUGUCAUGUGCGCAAUCAUAGUCCGCUCUGUUCUUGUCAGCCUGCCACUACAGGAGAUGCCUUUAUACGUUGUUUGCCACUGCCACCGCCUACACCACCGCAAGAACCAGCCGUCCCCACCUUGCCAUGUGUGCCCUCACCAUGUGGACCAAACUCCCACUGUCGAGAGGUCAAUGGUGGUGCCAGCUGUAGCUGCCUGCCAAACUAUAUUGGCGCCGCACCCAACUGUCGACCCGAAUGCACCAUCAAUGCAGAGUGUGCCAGCAAUUUGGCCUGUAUCAAUGAGAAGUGUCGGGAUCCCUGUCCUGGCUCUUGCGGCUUUGCAGCUCAGUGUAAUGUCGUCCAUCAUACGCCUAGUUGUUCGUGUCCUGCCGGAUAUACGGGUGAUCCGUUCACCAGCUGUCGUCGCUUGCCACCGACACCGACACCACCGCCAGCACCACCGACAGCCGAUGAUCCAUGUAAUCCCUCGCCUUGUGGCGUCAAUGCGCAGUGCCGCAAUGGUCAGUGCUCCUGCCUGGCCGAAUAUCAAGGCGAUCCCUACGUCGGCUGUCGCCCCGAGUGUGUACUGAACUCCGAGUGUCCCAGAAAUCGUGCCUGUAUACGCAACAAGUGUGUGGAUCCCUGUCCAGGCACUUGUGCCCAGAAUGCACUCUGCGAUGCCAUCAAUCACAUUGCCAUGUGCCGUUGUCCAGAGCGGAUGACAGGCAACGCCUUCGUUUCUUGCACCCCAGUGCGUGAUGUAGUGCCCAUCAAUCCCUGCCAGCCAUCGCCAUGUGGCGCUAACUCGCAGUGCAUAGAACGCAAUGGAAAUGCCGUAUGUACUUGCGUCACAGGAUACCUCGGACAGCCGCCCAACUGUCGCCUGGAGUGCUAUUCCAGCUCAGACUGUUCCCAGUUGCACACGUGCAUCAACAACAAGUGUGUGGAUCCCUGUCCAGGACAGUGUGGACUCAAUGCCAUCUGUCAAGCAGUGCAGCAUCGUUCCCACUGCGAAUGCAUCGCUGGCUAUACUGGCAAUGCCUUCCGCUCAUGUAAUCGCAUUGUGAUUGACAGCAGACCGGAAGCAGCACGCGAUCCCUGCUAUCCAUCGCCUUGUGGAGCCAACUCCCAGUGCACCAAUGAUCAGGGCAAGGCCCGUUGCACUUGCUUGGCCGAGUUCCAGGGCACGCCACCCAACUGCCGACCCGAGUGCUCGAACAACGAUGAUUGCGCCAAUAAUCUGGCCUGCAUAGGUCAAAAGUGUCGCGAUCCUUGUCCAGGAAGCUGUGGCCAAAAUGCCCAGUGUCAGGUGACCCUACACACCCCCAACUGUCAUUGUCCAGCCGGUAUGACAGGCGAUCCCUUCCGUCUCUGUCAGCCAGUGCCCCCAACUUUGCCCACACCAAUUCCAGAACCAAAGAAUCCUUGCCAGCCAUCGCCGUGUGGCAGCAACACUGAGUGUCGCCUGCGGGGCCAGAGCUAUGUCUGCGAGUGUAUUCAGGAAUACAUUGGCAAUCCCUACGAGGGUUGCCGUCCUGAGUGCGUUGGCAACUCUGACUGUCCGGCUAAUCGGGCUUGCAUACGCAACAAGUGCGCGGAUCCUUGUCCAGGAACCUGCGGUCUGGAGGCCUACUGUAAUGUCAACAAUCACAUACCUAUCUGCUCAUGCCCAACGGGCUACACGGGUAAUGCAUUUGUCCAGUUCCGUGUGGCGACACCACCGCCACCAACGGAUCCUUGCUAUCCCUCACCAUGUGGCCUCAACUCCGUGUGCCGUGUGCAGCGCGAUCAGGCUGUUUGCGAGUGCUUGCCCGGCUUCUUUGGCAAUCCGUUGGCCCAGGGCUGCCGUCCUGAGUGUACCCUAAGCUCUGACUGUGCAAAGGAUCGCGCCUGUAUGCAUUCCAAGUGCGUGGAUGCCUGUGCUGGCGUCUGCGGAUAUGGCGCCAUCUGUCAGACGAUCAACCACAGUCCCAUAUGUAGUUGUCCCGACAAGAUGAUUGGAAAUCCGUUUGUGCAAUGUGAAUCGCCACGUGAUGUGGAGGUCAUUGAUCCCUGCCAGCCAUCACCCUGUCGCAGCAAUGGCAUUUGCCGUGUUCACAAUGGAGCCGCCACUUGCAGCUAUCCGGAGUGUGUAACUAAUGAAGAUUGCUCCCGAGAUCGCGCCUGCAUCACCCAGAAAUGCGCUGAUCCUUGCCAGAAUGCCUGCGGUCUCAAUGCCAUUUGCCGUGUUAUCAAUCACAAGGCCGUCUGUAGCUGUCCACCGGAGUUCUAUGGUUCUCCGUUUGCUCAGUGCAUUCGGCAGGUGGCCCAGUUGGAUCCCCCUAAGCCAGAAUGCACAAGCGAUUCCGAAUGCAGCAAUGACAAGGCGUGCGUCAAUCAAAUCUGCCGCAAUCCUUGCGAGCAGUCCAAUCUGUGUGCUCAGCAAGCACGUUGCCACGUCCAGCUUCAUCGCCCGCUCUGCGUUUGCAAUGAGGGUUACACUGGCAAUGCACUCCAGCAUUGCUACCUGCUCGGAUGUCGCUCGGAUGGCGAGUGUGCUCCCACAGAGGCCUGCAUCAAUGAACAGUGUGUUGAUCCUUGCGGUUUCACGCAAUGUGGUGCUGGCGCCAUCUGUCGCGCCGACUUCAAUCAUCGCGCCCGCUGUCACUGCCCCGACGGAUAUCGAGGUAAUCCUCUCGUGCGUUGCGAACGUCCUGAAUGUCGCAGCGACAACGAGUGUGCCUUCCAUCUUGCCUGCCGUAACGAACGCUGUGAAGAUCCUUGCAACUGCGGCAUUGGUGCUCAGUGUCGUGUCGACAAUCAUCACGCCCAGUGCCGUUGUCCCGCUGGCUAUAGCGGUAAUCCCGCCGUGCGUUGCGAUUUGUUGCCCGUUCAGCCCGAGGGAUGUACCAUGGAUGCCGAGUGUCCCAGCAAAUUGGCCUGCUUCAACGGCGAGUGCAAGAAUCCUUGUGAUGUCACGCAUCCUUGCGGUGCCAACGCCAUCUGCGAAGUCGUCGAUACUCUGCCACUGCGCACCAUGAUCUGUCGCUGCGAGUCUGGCUAUGUGGGUGAUGCUGACAUUGGAUGUCGCAAAGAACCCGCAAAAGACCAGGGUUGUCUAUCGCAUGAUCAGUGCCAGGAUAUGGAAGCUUGCCGCGGUGGCAACUGCGUCAAUCCUUGCCUGGAUGCAUCACCUUGUGCACGCACAGCUCAGUGCCUGGCACAACGACAUCGUGCCAUUUGCAGCUGUCCACAAGGUACUCAAGGAGAUCCCUUCACCAACUGUUAUCAGCCAACACAAAUCACAGCUGGCUGCAAACACGACUCGGAGUGUACGCCCACAAUGGCGUGCAUCAAUCAGCGUUGCCAGAAUCCUUGUGCCGAGGCCAAUCCUUGUGCUGGCAAUGCUGAGUGUCGUGUACAAAACUUCCGACCCAUUUGCUACUGUCCCGCUGGCUGGGGUGGUGAUCCACAAGUUCAGUGCUUCAAACCUGAGUGUAAGAUCAAUGCAGAUUGUCCUUACGACAAGGCCUGUUUGAAUGAGAACUGUGUGAAUCCUUGUACCCAUGGCCAGGUGCGCUGCGGUAACGGCGCCGAGUGCCUGCCACAGAACCACCAAGCUGUUUGCAAGUGUCCUGCCGGCACGCAGGGAAGUCCCUUCAUUGCCUGCAUCACAGGACACUGUCAAUACAACGAGGAUUGUGCGGAUCACGAAGCCUGCGAUCGUUUGAAUCGCGUCUGUCGACCAGUUUGUGAGCAGGAUACUUGUGGCGUGAAUGCAGUUUGUCAGGGACGUCGCCAUCAGCCACAGUGUGAGUGCCGUACUGGCUUCCAGGGAAAUCCCUUCGUCGUCUGCGAACUGCCCAAGAAAGAUCCACAGCCGGAGUGCACCCAAGAUGCGGAUUGUCCAUCGAAAUUGGCCUGCAUCAAUCAACGUUGUGCGGAUCCUUGUGCCACACCCCACGUCUGCAGUCCCCAGCAGAGCUGUGCCGUCCUAGACACUCUUCCACUGCGUACCAUGAUCUGCAAGUGUCCCAGCGAUACUGUCUCCGACAAUUCUGGCAAUUGUGUGCCCAUCAAGACUGUCAUUGUACCCAGCGGCUGUCAGCAUAGUGCCGAGUGUGCCAGUUCCGAGGUGUGCCUCCAUGGCAGCUGUCUGGAUGCAUGUCGCCUGGAACGCUGCGGCGUCAAUGCCCAGUGCAGUGCAAGGGAUCAUUAUGCCCAAUGCAGUUGUCCAUCUGGCUACCAGGGUAAUCCACGCAUCGAAUGUUACACCACGGAUGUAGGCCGUCCCAGGAAUCCGGAGGCUGAGUGCACACGCACUGAUGACUGUCCUCGGGACAAGAACUGUUUGAAUGAACGUUGCGUGAAUCCUUGUGUAGCCGAUGCCUGCGGCCUUGGCGCUUAUUGUCAUGCCCAGGAUCGUGCUGCGGUCUGCCGCUGCCCACCAGGCUACACAGGAGAUCCCCGUGUACGCUGCCUACCACCUUCGGAUGUGAUUACUGUGGGUUGCAAGUCCAGCUCGGACUGUCCCGCCACAGAGGCGUGCAUCAAUGCGCAGUGUAUAAAUCCUUGCAAUUGUGGACCCCACGCCGAGUGCAUUGUUAAGAAUCAUCAUCCCAUCUGCUAUUGCAAGCCAGGAUACUCGGGUAAUGCCCAGUUUGGAUGUGCCCCCAUUGGCUGCCAGUCGGACGAUGAAUGCGCCGGUGAUAAACAGUGCGUGAAUCGUGAAUGCCUCAAUCCGUGCCUUGUCUCGGAUCCUUGCGCUUUGAAUGCCGAGUGUUAUGGAAGGAAUCAUCGCGCCAGUUGCCGUUGUCCAGCCGGACUCGAGGGUGAUCCAUUUGUGAGGUGUCUGCGUCUUGAGUGUCACUCGGAUCACGACUGUGCAACGAAUUUAGCCUGUGUGGCGAAUCAAUGUGUGAAUCCUUGUGCUCAGAGUCCUUGCGCUCAGAAUGCCAUCUGCCAAGCGUUGCAACAUCGCGCCGUCUGCCGUUGUCCCGAUCAACUGCCGCUGGGUAACCCUCAUGCCUACUGCCAGCCGCGUCCUGUGGAGCCAGUGUGCCGCGAUGAUGGUGAUUGUCCAAGUGGCUUGGCCUGUAUCGACGCCAAGUGCCAGAACCCUUGCACGGAACUCUCCCCCUGCGCACGUAGCGCCCAUUGCAGCGUCCUUGACAGCGUUCCAGUUCGCACCAUGGUCUGCGAGUGUCCUGAGUCUCAGGUGCCGGAUGCCAGCGGCGAAUGCCGUGCAGUGGUGUUGCAGAGUCCUCCCGGAUGUGAGAGUGAUCUGGAUUGUGGAGAUCAGGAGGCGUGUGUGCAUCGCCAAUGUCGCAAUCCUUGCAAUUGUGGCACCAAUGCCAUCUGCCAGGUGCAACAACAUCGCGCUGUAUGCAGCUGCCAGGAUGGCUUCGAGGGCAAUCCAUAUGCCGCCUGUCGUUCCAUUGGAUGCCGCGUGGAUGGUGAAUGCGAUUCAGGAAAGGCCUGCAUCAAUGGCAACUGCAUUAAUCCCUGCCUGCUCAACGAUCCGUGCGGUCCCAACGCCGAGUGCUAUGUCCAAUCGAGUCGCACCCAAUGCCGCUGCCUCAGCGGCUAUCGUGGUAAUCCCUACGAGCGUUGUCGCGUCAUCGGUUGCAGCAGCAACAGCGACUGUCCCACGGACAAGACCUGCCAGAACGAGCAGUGCGUCAAUCCCUGUGUGUAUCACAACAUCUGCGCACCACGUGCCGAGUGUCGUCCACAGAAUCACAUGGCUGUGUGCCGCUGUCCUGCGGACUUUGUGGGUAAUCCCUACGUGGACUGUCGCAUGACACCGCAACCCGUGUGCAAACUGGACACGGAUUGUCCGUCGCGCUUGGCCUGCAUCAAUGAACAAUGCGUCAAUCCCUGUUUGGCUUUGGAACCCUGUCAACAGCCUGCCCAGUGUCAGGUGACGCCCACAGUUCCAGUGCGUACCAUGAUCUGCAUCUGCCACGGUUACAUCAGCAGCGGCAGCGGCAGCUGCAAGCCGACCACGAGUGUUGUCAAAGUCGGUUGCAUCUCGGACAGCGACUGUUCUGCGGACAAGUCCUGUGUGAAUGGCAUUUGCCGAGAUCCCUGCAAUUGUGGCUUGAAUGCGGAAUGUCGCAUCAAGGACCAUAAGCCCGUAUGCACUUGUCGCCAGGGCUACGAAGGCAAUCCCGAAUUCGAGUGCGCCAAGAUCGAGUGCAGCAUCAAUUCCGAGUGUCCAGCAACGCAUGCCUGCCGCAAUCAACUCUGUGUGCCCGCCUGCCAGGGCGAGCAAUGCGGUCCCAAUGCUGAGUGCCUGGCCAUCAAUCAUCGUGCGGUUUGCGAAUGUGCUCCUGGACAUGGAGGUAAUGCCAGACUCGGCUGUACACCCAUUGGCUGUCGCACCGACGACGAGUGUCCCACGGACAAUGCCUGUGUCAAUGGCAAAUGCGCCAAUCCCUGCGAGACUACGGCAAUCUGCGCCAGCGACGAACGCUGUAAGGUCUAUCAACAUAAGCCACAAUGUGCCUGCUCACCUGGCACUGUACCCGGACGCAAUGGCUGCGAACCGGAAGGUGUGGUGCCCAUCUGCAUCAGCGAUAAUGAUUGUCCUACACAAAAAGCUUGUCUCCAUGGCGAAUGCAUCAAUCCCUGCAAUGCAACCCAGCCUUGUGGCGUAAACGCCGAAUGCCGUGUGCUGGACACACUUCCAGUGCGCACCAUGAUCUGUGAGUGCCUUGAGGGCUACACCGGCAAUGCGGCCGUACAGUGCGAUAAGCGAUCCCUCUGCGUCAUCGAGAAGGGCUUCGUUCGCGACGUGGAUGGACAGUGCGUCUGUCCACCGGGUAGCGCCCUCGACAUCUACGAAUAUUGCACUCCAUGCUUGGUAGAGCAAGGCUAUCGUAUUGAUGAGAGUGGUCAUUGUGUGUGCGCCCUGGAACGCGGCAUGGUAAUUGAUGAACGUGGUCGCUGCACUUGCCCCAUCGAGCUGGGUUAUCGACUCACCCCACAAGGCGAGUGUCAGCCCGACGAACCACCAGAGUGUACAACGAACGAACAGUGUGCGGACAAUCGCUUCUGCAAUCCGGAAACCAAGACCUGCAUGGAUCCCUGCCUGACCAAAGUUUGUGGCGUGAAUGCCUUCUGCAAUGCCGUGAAUCAUCGCGCUCAGUGCCAAUGCAUCACAGGAUACACGGGCAACCCUGAACUGCAUUGCAAUCAUACCAACUUCCGCACGGACUUCCCACGUCCCGACAUGGUUGUCAGUUGCUUGGCCGAUGGUGUCCAAGUGGAGAUUCACAUCACGGAGCCCGGCUUCAAUGGCGUUCUCUAUGUGAAGGGACACAGCAAGGAUGAGGAAUGCCGUCGCGUUGUCAAUUUGGCCGGAGAGACGGUGCCACGCACUGAAAUCUUCCGCGUUCAUUUCGGCAGCUGUGGCAUGCAAGCCGUUAAGGAUGUGGCCAGCUUUGUCCUGGUCAUACAGAAGCAUCCCAAGCUGGUCACCUACAAAGCUCAAGCCUACAACAUCAAGUGCGUCUAUCAAACGGGAGAAAAGAAUGUCACCCUGGGCUUCAAUGUCUCCAUGCUGACUACGGCUGGAACUAUUGCCAACACUGGACCUCCGCCAAUCUGCCAGAUGAGGAUCAUCACCAAUGACGGCGAGGAGAUUAACUCUGCUGAAAUUGGCGACAAUCUCAGACUCCAAGUGGAUAUCGAACCAGCCACUAUCUAUGGUGGCUUUGCACGUUCCUGCAUCGCCAAGACCAUGGAGGAUAAUGUUGAGAACGAGUAUAUGGUCACGGAUGAGAACGGCUGUGCCAACGACACCAGCAUCUUCGGCAACUGGGAAUACAAUCCCGAUACGAACAGUCUGCUGGCCAGCUUCAAUGCCUUCAAAUUCCCCUCCAGCGACAACAUACGCUUCCAGUGCAACAUACGCGUUUGCUUUGGCAAAUGUCAGCCCGUCAAUUGCGGUGGCUACAACGCCUUUGGACGACGUCGUCGUUCCAUUGCAGAUAGCCCCAGCGAUACGACGGCCAUUGCAACGAACACUGGAGUGGAGGGUCAACUGCGCGAGGAGAUUACCAUCUCCUCCAAUGCCAUUUUGACAUUCGAGAAGCGCAGCGGUCCCGGUCUCAAUAAUGACAACAUCAAACCGGCUGCUCAGCGCGUUGAGGAUAUUUGCGUCUCCAUGGUGGGUUUGAUUAUAGCCUUGGUCAUAACGGCGCUGUUGGCCCUUGUCGCCGUCGCCGUUGCGGUCUCCUGCUGGCUAAUGGCCUACAGAAGACGUCCCAAGACCUUGGCACCACUGCCCCACCCACCAGAGUUCCCCAACCCACUGUUUGCCAAUCCGGACGCUGCUCCUGAACCAACGCCCGAUUAUAUAUCCUAAACACGUAAAGUAACCACAAGAAACAACAACAACAACAAAAACCUAGCUAUAAUUUUAGACAUAAAAAAAAGAUGCAAAAUAACGAAAAAUACAAUAUAGAAUGAUAUUUGAGAAGCUCGUGCAAAAAGUCAGAAGAAAACGAAAUUAAAUUUCGCGCAAAUGAAAUGCAAUCAAAAGAAAAGCAAGCAAAGAAAAAGCAAAAGUACAGUUGUGAGCCGAAACUGUAGUCGCGUAUGUAGGGAGUUUAUGAAACCCCACACGCUGAGAAACGCAAUGAAAGAAAGAAGAAUUGUAAAAAGAUAAAACGAACUAAGUGAAAAUAAUGCACACAAACAUUAUUAAUUUAAUAACGUUAAGAAAAUAAUUUUAUUAUUAUACAUACAUAUUAUUGUAUUAACUUUUUAGUAUUCCUUUUCCUUACUAAUAUGAGAAUUUUGCGUAGACCCACAAAAUGAAAUACUAAGGAAACUGCCAAUAGAGAUGAGACAGAAUAAAAGAGUAGAAAGAAUAAAAGAGCAGACCCAGCUACAAAGGAAUUCUCGUUCUCUAACGACAACUUCUUCAUUAGUCGAUUUAUGAUUACAUAAUGAUAUUUUGUUAUAUACAUAUAUAACUAUAAAGACUUCCUAUAAUUGUUUAGGGUGUGGGUAGUAGCAACAACAACAACAAAAACACUUUGUAUUAUAGCACACACACAAUACACACACGUACACACUACUACACUUCCUAUACACAUAUAAUUUAGGAUCUGAGCUCGCCUUUUCCAAUUGAAAACUGCCUUAAUUUUCUACACACACAAAAAAAACACGAAACGAACAAUGCACUCCGAAAA